CCUUCUGUUUCAUCUGCUUUCAUCGGAAGGCCAUGCAACAACUGCCGGGUGCAAGGUAGGAAGGAUGCAUGACUGGUGCUUCGAUGGUAAACAAUAUAAUAUACAUUGUGAUUAAAUAUAUACACAAUGUAGUGUAUGCAUUUAGACAUGUGUGCCCACUCUUGGCCUUCCAGGUAUUGAGAACAGGCUGGGGAUUAUGGGAAAUAUAGUUCAACAACAGUUGGAGAGCUGAAGUUUCACACCUCAGGAACUAAUGUAAGCUAAAGGCUGUUCAAAAAUAGUCAUCCCAACCCCCCAACGUUCUGAAGGAGGCAUCACAACUACAGAAGUGGUGUAGUUGCGCCAAAGUGACAUGGUGUGAAUAAGUAUGUGCUAACUGGAGCCAUCGAAAAGUAAAUAUUUUGUCUGAACUGAUUUAGAAGAAAUAGUUGCAAACGUUAGACUAAUCUUAGAUAUAUAAAAAGUGUUCACAUUUAUAGCCAGAAUCUAGUUUUGAAUUUUGCAAAAUUAAAAUUGGGAUUUUAAUUUGCACAAAUACACGAGAUUCUAUUCUGACACCUGUAAUUGGGUUUAUAUCGAAAGAGAGCAAAUCCGUUCUAAAAUGGCUCUAAAUGUGCUGUUAGCAGCGACACAAUAUAUUCACACCUCCCUAUAGUGUCUUCCUUGUGAACAAGUUUGCUUCUGAAACUGACAGGCACAGACAACUUCCAGCAAUUCGGAUGCCAACUCCCAUGAUUCCACAUCAGCUGCAGCAAUGGCUGUGCAUCACUGGUUCUAAAGUCCACUGGAUCCCUACCUAGGUCUUUGGAGGUCUAUACUCUUUAAUCGUGCCUAUAUUAUAUAACACGUCCACGCAGAAGACAAUUUUUUUUUUUUUUUCUGAUGAGUGGCAAUAAGCACUCAGCCAUGUCCUAUCAAGGAUACUAACCAGAUGCUAAUUGUGAUUGUUGCACCUGUGUCCAAAUGGUCCUUUAGACUGCAGUCUGUGCAGUCGGCAUUCAUGGCUUAUGUAUUAUUAAAGUAAAAAAAAGUUUAACCCCCCUGAGUAAAGGAAAAGGAAAGUAUUCUUCACAGUAAGAACAUUAACCCCUUAAGGACCAAAUUUCUGGAAUAAAAGGGAAUCAUGACAUGUCACACAUGUCAUGUGUCCUUAAGGGGUUAAAGGGACACUCCGGGCACCCAGACCACUUCAGCCCAUUGGAGUGGUCUGGGUGCCAACUCCCACUACCCUUAACCCUGCAAGUGUAAUUAUUGCAGUUUUUUAUAAACUGCAAUAAUUACCUUGCAGGGUUAACUCCAUCUCUAGUGGCUGUCUACUAAACAGCCACUAGAGGGCACUUCCUGGUUUCUAGCACAGAACACCUGUGCUAGAAUGUCGCUGGACGUCUUCACGCUAUGUGAGGACCUUCAGCGUUGCUCAUUUCCCCAUAGGAAAGCAUUUAAAUGCAUUUUUAAUGCUUUCCUAUGGGGAGCGCUAAUGCGCAUACGCGGGCAUUGCCGCGCAUGUGCAUUAGGUCUCCCUGGCCGGUGGGCGGGAUCAGUAGCGCCCACCGGCCGACGCAAUACAGAGGAGGAGCGGCUGCGGAGGAGGAAGCAGCGACGUGGGACAUGUCGCUGCCUCAGGUAAGUUACUGAAGGGGUUUUACUGAAGGGGUUUUACUGAAGGGGUGGGAGGGAGAGGGGACCUGCAGUGCCAGGAAAACAGAUUAUUUUCCUGGCACUGGAGUUUCCCUUUAAGGUUGUGGAAUUAUCUGCCUGAAGAGUUGGUUUUAUCAGGGUCUGGACAGAUGUUUUAACAGCAAAUGGAUAAACAUUUGCAAAAACAUAAUAUACAGGGACAUACUUUUUAAUACGCAGGGUAAUAGCAAGGAGAGAUCUGACUGCCAUUCUGGGGUCAAGAAGGAAUUUAUUUUCCUAGUUUGUUGCAAAAUUGGAAGCGCUUCAGACUGCCUUAUUCUGGAUCAACGGCAAAAACAUAUGUGAGAAAGGCUGAAUUUGAUAGACAAAUGUCUCUUUUCAGCCAUGUAACUAUGUAACUAAGAGUACAACAAAGGUGUAUAAUGUAUAGUUUGCCACUUAGGUGUUUUUUAUAUUUGAUGAAAAGAGACAGGAAUAGUCACACCUUAAAGUAUUUUUCAUUAGUGACUGUAUAUAUACAUUUAUUGCCAAUUAUGUAUAAAGAUCAACUCUGGGGCAAAAUUAUAAAAAUGGAGCAAUCUGCUUGGAGAUGUCAUUGGUUUCCAUAGUGAUUGCCCCAAUUGUAGAAACUUGCUUGAAAACUGCUCGAUAUAUAAAACGAAAAACCAACAGAUAAUAAGAAUGAACUUAAAAAUCUUUUGCAUUGAAAACUGAAAUGGUUAUUCAAUAAAGUGUGAGUUGUUAAGAAUUGAAUUGAAUUCAGAGAAAACAUUAGGCCAAGUCAGCCAUGUUUACUGUUUGCCCGUUUGGUCUGACCUUUGCAUUUCCCACGAUUUAAUUCUUUACCGACUAACCCUGUUUUUGAAUAUCCUAAAGGGAAAUUUUAUAGUCUGUGAAUUUCUUUAAAAGUAGAACAAACAAAAUAUUACAUUAUUUUCAGCUGUUUCUAUACAAAUUUUUAUAAAAUAUUUUGCACUCACUAUAGCAGAGCAAUCAUUUGCUCUGAUUUGUUUGCUGUACAGUAUAUACAACCUAGGGAGCUGUGCGAUACCAGAAAUUGAGAGCUCCCUAUAUUAUUCUGAGUACUUCCUGGCUGGAACAUUGACAUUUUAGAACAGAGUCAACAAACUUGGUGGCGCCGAAAUUGUAUCCUUGAGCCAGUUUGACAGUUUGUCCUAAAUGUAAAAGCUCCACCGCUUUCAGUGGCAUGUGAAAUAUGAUUUGUGGUUCAUCUUUCGGAAUCUGUUGACGCAAAGGGGAACCAGGGUACCACCUCGACAUGCCAGCCAUGUACCCAAAACAGGUUACCAGAUGUGCGUAAAACCCCCACCUCCACCAAUAUAUGACUUAUACCCCCAAUUGGGAACAAUAGUUAAAACAGUCCCUAUCUAAAUUGUAAAUGAAUAUCAACUUUAUUAAUAGACACUAAUGGCACCUUCAGGGGUCGUCGCCAAUGAAGCGACUGGCAUCAAUGGUGAUGCCGAUAAUGGGCAGGCUCAUCUGGAAUAUGGGCAGGCCAACCCAGUGGUAGUGGUAUGUCAGCCUGGUAUGAAGGAAGCCAUAUUGACACACAGGCUCCCGGCAAAACCCCAACUUACAGGAUCAUGCAGUGAGCAUUGUUGGAGCUCCAGAUGGUCCUAUGAGAAGGACAGGAAGAGGGAUAAAUACAUCUAUAUGUGCCACGCCUCCUGAAAUCGAGUUCUGGAUUCACCCCUGGGGUUCUGCAGAACUAUCUGUCAGCCAUGAAUAGGGAUUGGACAAUGGUAUACUGUUAAAAACUAGAGGUUUUUAAGAGAAUUGCUCUGUAGAUGUAACCAGCCUAAAUUUUUAUUGAGGAUAUUCAGUAAAAUGUAAAUGGUUGAAAAUUUAAAGUAAAUUUGAAAAAAAAAUGUAAUCGCCUUCAAAUUCCAGACAGUUUACACUUCAGUGAGUAAGCCUUGUCUAUGUCACUACAUGUACCUGGGUUAAAAAUGUCCACAAAUUUAUUUAUUUAUGAAAAAUGUAUUCUCCAGAGCUCCUUUGAAAGCAGAACCACUCAGACGGAUGCCUGUUUUAAACAUUCUCCUUAUAUUGUUUUGUAGUGUUUGACCAGGGUAGAUCCCCAGAUGUUGUAGAACUACAUCAACCAUGAUGCUUUCUCAAUCUAACGCAUUCUAAAGGCACGCAAAGCAUCAUGGGAGUUGUAGUUCUACAACAUCUGGGGAGCUACCCUUUGGGCACCCUUGCUAUAAGUGAUCACUUACCUUAAGUAAAAACCUACAGUAUCACAGGUGUUUACAUGGAAGCCAAAGUGUUGCAGCAUAGAGAUUCCGGAGAGUCACCAGUGUUCAAGCAGGAAUUUGAACUAUGGCACAUCUGUGGUUAAAGCAAUCAUGUUCUCUUUGAGUCAAUGUAGAACAGUAAUGAAGCUCAACACAAUGUGACCCUCAACAAUGGGUGAUGGUUAGAGGAAAAGCCCUACGUGGUCUCAAAUUGUAUAAAAUAUAUAAUUAAUAUUUAAGAUCACAGGGUACAUGUAUGCUUAUCCCAGCUUCACAAUGCCUGGUAACCAUUUAUUUAGUAAAUAAUCAUUUUUAAUACAUGGAUAGCACUGAGCGUGCCUCCACUGACAGCAACAUAGUUACAUUUUAUAUAUAACGUGGAAGGUUAAAACAUAGUGCAAUACUGUCUGUAAAUAACCAACAAUCAGGGGGGUUAAAAAAAAAUUGCAGCAUAUCGUAUAAAAAGGCCCACAGGUCCUAUGUGAAUAAAUUAUUUUUUGGCUGGGGAUUUUUACAUCAAUAUACCGGCCAAGGUUUCCAUCGGGUACUACUGAAGGAGGAGUUCCAGCCCCCUAACAAUAUCGGGGGAGAUACCCAUAAAGCACUUUGACCUGCUGGAAUCUGUGAGUGCAACAUUAAAUCUGACUGCUGGAUAUUUACAGACAGUACUGCACUAUGUUUUAUCCUUGGUUUUAGGUGGACGAGUUGAAUGCCUUAACCUUCCACGUUAUAUCUAUCUAUGUUGACUGGUUAUCAUCCGGUAAGAUAACCUUGUAAAGCUGUGUACCUAGAAGUUAAGUUAUUUUUUAUUAUUAUUUUUUAUAUAUUUGCAGGAAUUCACUAAUAAGUCACACGUGGAUUUGUUUUUUGAGAAUAGUUAAAUUUUAGUCUUGUUAAAGAAACAUUAAAGUCCAUCAAGUUGAAUCUUGAACUACGCGGAGGCUGAUACAAUACCAGCAGUGCCCAUCUUCCCUGUGUAUUCUGAAUAUCCCACCAUCAGUGUAUACACAGGAGUCAACCCAUGCUACAAGUGUACUCACUGUCUUCCAUUAAAUACAGAGGAUUAGUUAUGAUAAGAGCAAUGCUGGGCUAUAUUAUAGGCCGCAUGUCCUCUGGUGUGAACUAACUAUAGUUAAGACAAAAUAAUGGCAACAUUCAUAUAAGAACAGAUUCCCUUGGAUUUCCCAGGAAGGGCCUACACUAAGUGUCAGCUCUGUGGUACAGGAUGUGCACAGUCAGGGUUCGGGGCACACAUUGCCCAAUUUUCUAAUGUAUUGUUGACCCAUGUACAUAACGUUUCACUCUCCCUCGUCUCUUUGUAUGUCCGUGCUUGCUUGUGUUUACGAGGACCUAGGAACCCCUGGUGAUAGCUUUAUAUGGAAAAUGUAUUCAUAAGUAACAAAAUUGGAAACAAUUCUCCAAUACUUUUAUUUUCACACUCAGCUUCAAAUGAAGAAAAUGUUCAAACAAGUUCCUCUUUAUUAAUGUUCCCAUUUUAUCUAGUGUUAAUUUAAAUAAUGUUACCUUUUUAAAAAUAUCCUUGUGUCCUUUUUUUUUUUGGUACCAUAAAAUUACUGUAAAGUUAAUUCAGUAAUCUCUCAAUUGUAGCGAUUGAAAAUCCAAACAUCCACCUAGUUUAUCUAUGUCUGUCUGUCUUUUUAUUUCUCAAUCCCCCCUUCUCUUCCCAUCCCUUUCUCUCUGAUAACAAUAUAUUAUCAUUUAACAAGGCAGAAUACAUUUAGAUUUCUCUAAUUUUCAUCCCUCUCUCUCUGUCCCGCACUCUCUCUACGUCUCUUUCUUGCCUUGUCUUUCUCUCAUACAAUAAUUACACUUCUGAGAAGAUUUGCGGCUACUGCUGUUGUCUCACUGAUGGAUUUGUGUGGUUAGAAAGAGAGCCAGGCAGGGCAGGAUAAGAGGCGAUUUAAGAGGCCAACCCAAAAAUGGAUGAAUAAAAUCAACAUAAAAACACAAACAGUGAAUAACGCCACAACACUCUCACUUCAUCAAUCCAGGCAGCAUCUGCACCGUAUUCCCUGUUUUUCCUGCUUUAUAUUCGAAGCAUUUAUUAAUAAGAAAAAUGAGGCUUGACAUUUUUUUUUUCUUUAGCUUGUAGUGUCAGCCCCCUAUUCCUUUAUCUACACUCCAGCAAACCACUAAACAACCUUCCAAACCUAUUUAGCAUCCUUCCCAACCCCAUUAAUAGCAGCUUAUGGUAGGUAUGUUUGGGGGUAACAAAACAAACAUAUACACAAAGUAAUGCUGGGGAGUCAAACUACGAUCAGCCAUGAGCAGCCUGUAACUCCCAUCACACCUUACUUGUCACUCGUGUCUUGGUCUGGAAAAGGUUUAAUUCUCAUUAUUUAAAUUAGUCCGUUCAGGGUUAUUAACUAAAGUAGCAAUUGCCGUGAAUUCAAAGUGAAUUUCAAAUUUAAGGCCAAAUUAUCUGAUCUGGAAGCCUAACUGAUUUGGAGAGUUGUGUUCCAUUUUCGAUAAUUUGACGUUAAAUUUUAAAUUCCCUUUGAAUUCCUGACAAUCCUCCCUGUGUGCAACUCCCUCAAAUAUUCAAAUGGGAAUAUUAACACCCUAACACUUUUGUUAGAUUUCACUGGACAAAAUAAAAUGAUGGGAGUUGGUGUCCAACAGAAGCCGGGCAAAUGCUUGUCAGUGGAAUGAAUAUAAAUUAACAGUUUAACAAUCUCUUAACUGUUUAAAGGGUUACGUCAAGCACCAUGACCACUUCAGUGUUUUAAAGUGAUGAUGGUACCUGCAGUCUAUAUGCGCAGAAUUUCGCUUUGAAACGCUACACACAGGGAGUUUAACCCCGUAGCUGCUGGAGGUGUAACUCCAAGUCCGACAGCUGGAUGGGGGAGACUUUUGCCAGCCCAGAACAAGAUUUCCAGCUAGCUAAUGUCAAUUCUGUGCAAACGUUUCUGCACGGUGUGUGAUUCAUUGGCUGAGAGUGGCCAGCUGAAACUCUCAGCCGAUGAAUGGCAACUCUGCAGAAGCUGGAAGUGUGUCACAGAGGAGUCUGGGAACUAGGUUAGGGGGCAAACCAUUACUAAACAGUUUACCCAUGUACGGGGCACAGGCCCAAGGUACUCAUGGCACCAUAAUCACUACGUUUGAUUGGAAUAACCCUUAACUGUCAGGGAACUGUGGGUAGCACAUAAAGCUUUGAAUAGAAACGUUUGCAGAACAAUGUUGUAUAUUAUUAGUAAGUUGAAAAAUAUCUUCUUCUUGGACAUUUGUCCAUCUUGGCUAUUUUUGAUGAAGUUUAGUAGAUAAAGCCAUUUAAUUCCUUGGUAAGACUGCGGCUAGCGACGCCGUGCACUGCACCUGUAUUGUCAUGAAGACUCUGCAUGUGAGCAGCAGAGGGCGCUGUUCCAUCGCAGGAUGCUUAUGACAGGUGACCUUGCUUCAGUCCAAGGUGAGGUAUUUUCAACAUUGGCCAGGAGAUCCUGCUAUCAAGAGACAAGAAUGACCACUGUGGUGAAUGGAUGAGAGAAGACGGUAUUUUGGGAGUUGGCUGAAACAACAGUCUUUAAAAACCUGCACAAUAUGCAGCUAGGAGAUUUGCUCUUAAAGUGUAUAUUGCAGUCGAACAAUCCCAAGCCAUUACUGACAUUCAUAGGUUUUUAAAGCACAAACAUAUACCGCAGCGCUGUAAUUUUAUAUUUAACCCCUUAAGGACAGUGCUGACAUUCUCGCCCAUGCAGACCCUAUACUAAUGUGCAAUGCUCUGCAAGCUACCUGGACAUUAAGAAGUUAAAGGGACAGUGAAGAACAAAUCUUCAUCUGCAGACUUUUGAACUGGUUUUACCCCUGGCACAAUUCUGGUCCUCCCAUUCUAUUUUCAGUUGGACGACAUUGAUUGGAAUAUGCUCAGAUAUAAACCCAGCACUGUCUGAGCCUGUCCUGAUAAUGUGCAGUCAAAUCCUCUACGUUAGAAAUAAAUUUAGCAUUGUCUGAGAUAACAUCUAGUCAGAUUCCCUACAUUAGAUAUAAACCCAGUGCAGUUUGAGCCUGUCCUGAUAAUGUGCAGUCAGAUCUGUUAUAUUAUAUAAACCCAGCGCUGACUGAGCCUGUCCUGAUAAUGUGCAGUCAGAUCCCCUACAUUGGAUAUAAACCCAGCGCUGUCUGAGCCUGUCCUGAUAAUGUGCAGUCAGAUCCCCUGCAUUACAUGAAAAGUUAGUAAUAUAUAUAAUAUAUUAUAAUAUAUAAAGUAUCUGUAAUUUAACGUCAGGACAGUCUCCUCUCGGCAACCGCCCCACUGUUGAUGAAAUCAUCAAUUGCCAGGAUAUAGCAGUUGGAUACUUGUCAUAGAGGAGCCUUGAAUCCAAUCCUAGUCUGUGAGAAGCAUUAACAGUAUGUGGCGUUAUGAUGCCGAAAGUGAAGAACUUCAAUUUUCGAUGGUCUCCUUUAAGAAGUGCCUCUUUGGCUGUUAGUCUGACAGUCUGACAGUCGCUACAUACAUGUUCUCAGAUAAGGAAACACUGCUCAGAAAUGGCGAUGUUUUGUAUUGCCAUAGGAAAGGUACAGCAUCUGUGUACCAACAUCACUACAUUAAGGUUUUGAUGGUUAGUGUGUGUCUUUAAAAUGCUUGUAUGAGUUGCUAAUUUAAAAUUGCAUAGAGUAGAAAUUCUAGUUUUCUGCCCCCUUCCCCCUCCAGAAUAUUAUGUUCCGGAAGAAGAGUCAUCCUGUUAUUGGGAGAAAUCAAUUAAUUCCAUUUCAAACCUUUUAGCACUUCCCAUAAUGUCUGACCCUUUUCUGCCUCAGCAUGGAAACAGCAGGGUUAAUGACUCCUUAGGGGGAUACGAGACCCCCCUCCUAGUUCCAGACAGUACUCACCCUCAAUUCCUUAACCCAUUAAUGGCACUCAAUAAUGAGACUCUGCUUCACAGAUUUUACUUCAAGGUAUAUACAGAGAACAGGGCUAGUUUUUCCAAAUCUGAACUAAAAAUAUUUACAUACACUGAUAUUUUAAAAAUACACGGAUGAUUUGGGGUAUACUUUAGGAUGUACUUAUGGUUUGAAUUUAACAAACACACACUCACUGUAUAUGUCAAUGUUUUUUUUUAUAGAUUGUGUCUGUUACUUACAAUACCUAUUACACAUACCCUCAGGGCUGUAUUUACCACAAGGCAAACAAGGCAUUUGCCUAGGGUGGCACUUUCAGGGGGGCAGCAAAAAUGACUUGUUUGCCUUGUGUCCUGAGGGGCCCAAGAGCUUGCGACCACGUUAGGUCCUCCCUCUAGGUGUAAAACUACUAAUAUUCUAGCUAGGCGGCGAGGGAGCUAUGUCCUUUUAAAUUAAAAAAUAUAUAUUAAUAAUUGGUGAGUGUAUGAGUGUCUGUCAGUGAGUGUUUUGUGUCUGUCAGAGAGUGUGUGUCUGUCAUUGUGAGUGUGUUUGUGUGUCUGUCAGUCAAAAAAGUGGCCUUGACACGAAUUGGUGGGGCAAGUUUAGAUAAGGGAGGUGCCAAAUUUAGUCGUGCCUAGGGCAGCACAAAUCCAAAAUACACCACUGCAUACGCUACACAUCUCUAGGGAUACAUUUUACGUAAACAAUAUUUGCACUACACACACAUUUCUUUUAAUGCAUAGCCUCGCAUUAAAAGAAAUGUUGCUGUUUCCGUGUGUGACCCUUUGUGUACUGGGGAAAUUAAUAAUGGCAAGUAUUCAUAUGUUGAGUUCUUCCUUACGGCAUGAUGGGAAUUGUAGUUUACAACUGAGGCCCACCUUUUGGUCCCCCAUGGUAUAAGCAGAAGAUGAGACUGAAGAGAUAAGACUUGCAAUGAUUAUGUCAUCGAUACCCCUUGCCAGUAAAUAGUUUAUCAGACAUUUUCACCUGACGCAGUGAACAAAAUAGGAUUAAUAGGGAAGUAUCAAUUCCUAGAAUUUAAACAUUAUCUUCACUUAUAUAUUUACUCGCUAUAGAAACAUAGAAACAUAGAAUGUGACGGCAGAUAAGAACCAUUCGGCCCAUCUAGUCUGCCCAAUUUUCUAAAUACUUUCAUUAGUCCCUGGCCUUAUCUUAUAGUUAGGAUAGCCUUAUGCCUAUCCCACGCAUGCUUAAACUCCUUUACUGUGUUAACCUCUACGACUUCAGCUGGAAGGCUAUUCCAUGCAUCCACUACCCUCUCAGUAAAGUAAUACUUCCUGAUAUUAUUUUUAAACCUUUGUCCCUCUAAUUUAAGACUAUGUCCUCUUGUUGUGGUAGUUUUUCUUCUUUUAAAUAUAGUCUCCUCCUUUACUGUGUUUGUGAUAUUCAAGAAAUAAAAUGAAAUGUAGAAAUCUGCACGGUUGUAUUUAGCUCGAUCCUGGGCAGCUCCAUUUUGACUCCCUGUCAAUCACUGUUAUAAGCGCUGACCUUUUCUGUCAUUGAACAUGGUAAGCCCGGGUAACUCCAUGGUAACUCCUCCUCCAGUGCAUUCUAUGCCUUGUUGUGCCAGGACUGAACUGGAUUGUGAUGUCAAUUGAUAAAUAUUAAAUAUAGAGCUUAAAGAUCACGCAGCACCACAUAAAAAGGGUGAUAUGAGUUGUAGAUCAUUUCCAAUGUUUUAUUCAGUGGUUUAAUUUCCUUUUUUUUAAAUGCAUGUAUCAAGGAGUAUAUUCAGUUUGCUAAUAUGCUAAACAAGGGUAUGUUGCCGCUUAUACUGAGGCCAUUGUAAGGAAAUUACAAGAGAAUCUAAGAAAUGCUGCAAGAUUAAAGGAACAUUAUAGUCACCUAAAUUACUUUAGCUAAAUAAAGCAGUUUUAGUGUAUAGCUCAUUCCCCUGCAAUUUCACUGCUCAAUUCACUGUCAUUUAGGAGUUAAAUCGCUUUGUUUCUGUUUAUGCAGCCCUAGCCACACCUCCCCUGGCUAUGAUUGACAGAGCCUGCAUGAAAAAAAAAAACUGAUUUUAUUUUCAAACAGAUGUAAUUUACCUUAAAUAAUUGUAUCUCAAUCUCUAAAUUGAACUUUAAUCACAUACAGGAGGCUCUUGCAGGGUCUAGCAAGCUAUAAACAUAGCAUGGGAUAAGAAAAUCUUAAUUAAACAGAACUUGCAAUAAAGAAAGCCUAAAUAGGGCUCUCUUUACAGGAAGUGUUUAUGGAAGGCUGUGCAAGUCACAUGCAGGGAGGUGUGACUAGGGUUCAUAAACAAAGGGAUUUAACUCCUAAAUGGCAGAGAAUUGAGCAGUGAGACUGGAGGGACAUGAUCUAUACACCAACACUGCUUCAUUAAGCUAAAGUUGUUUUGGUGACUAUAGUGUCCCUUUAACAAUGACCAUCGCUAGAGAUACCACCAGUAUGUCUGUAUAGUGACACAUGCUUAUACUUAUGCUAGGCCUGCAUGUCAGACUAAUAUUAACAGAUGUAAACUUAGGCAAUCAAAUCAUAAAUAAAAACGAGUGAGAAAUAAGCAAACCUACAGCAAACAGUAUGGGAGCUGCUAGGAGCCAAGUAGCUUAGAGUAGGCUUAGAUUCAUGAAUUCAUGAAUUAAUAAAAUGUCAGCCUAUGCCUAGACAGGAUAUGAUUAUUUUGAUUUUAGGGAUAGUGUAGGAUCAAGUUUAGGGGUAAGGUAUGGGUAGGUACACAGUUGGUGUAACCAUACAGUUAGACGUGUGGGGGGGAGUGGUGGUAUUACAUAGAAACAUAGAAUGUGACGGCAGAUAAGAACCAUUCGGCCCAUCUAGUCUGCCCAAUUUUCUAAAUACUUUCAUUAGUCCCUGGCCUUAUCUUACAGCUAGGAUAGCCUUAUGCCUAUCCCACGCAUGCUUAAACUCCUUCACUGUGUUAACCUCUACCACUUCAGCUGGAAGGCUAUUCCAUGUAUCCACUACCCUCUCAGUAAAGUAAUACUUCCUGAUAUUAUUUUUAAACUGUUGCCCCUCUAAUGUCCUCUUGUUGAGGUAGUUUUUCUUCUUUUAAAUAUAGUCUCCUCCUUUACUGUGUUGAUUCCCUUGAUAUAUUUAAAUGUUUCUAUCAUAUCCCCCCUGUCUCGUCUUUCCUCCAAACUAUACAUGUUAAGUUCCUUUAACCUUUCCUGGUAAGUUUUUUAUCCCGCAAUCCAUGAACCAGUUUAGUAGCCCUUCUCUGAACUCUCUCUAAAGUAUCAAUAUCCUUCUGGAGAUACAGUCUCCAGUACUGCGUACAAUACUCCAACUGAGGUCUCACCAGUGUUCUGUACAAUGGCACGAGCACUUCCCUCUUUCUACUGCUAAUACCUCUCCCUAUUAACUGCCAAAAGUUUAUUUAGAUCUUAGAUAUAAGCAAAAGUGUGAUAAAAUGCAUUUUAUUUCCAUUUCCACCCUCCCCCCAUCCUCUUUUUAUUGAGGUUGCAAAGGUAGAGCGUAUAUGACACAAGUAGAGCGAUAAGAUAAUGUGGAAGACUGGGGGUUGUGGGUUGAGGUGCCGGUUAUAGAGUAGGAAUAUUGUAAGUUUGUAUGGCGCAAUACAUGCACGGUAAAUGCUUCACUCUAUGUGUCUAUAAUUCAACCUGGAUUUUUCAUGAAUACAUGGGUGUUCAAACUUGGGCUGUGCACACUAGUGCAGAAUUUAACUCAAACAAGUAACAGGCUAAGAAAAAAAACCAGAGAGGAAUAAUUGGGCCCCCCCGUUAGUAUAUCAUUUGGGGUUGGUUAGAUAGCUGAUGGAGUUUGGUGUGCCAUAGUGCAUAUGUAUUGAAGCUUGUUACUUUAUAUACAGUGGGUCAUUUAGCCACGGGUCCCAUAUUUUAUGAUGUGGUUUGGAGGUUUUGUGGAGUUUUGCUGACAACCUGCCCGUCUCUACGGCCUCAGUGGUUUUACGGAUAAAUGUACCGAGUCUUGAGACGUUGGGAGAGCCCCGGAGUUUAGCUAUGGCUCAUCUUGUUGCUAGCACUAUUCUAUUUAUCAUUUUGCUUUGGGUUCGCGUAAUCAAGUCCCAGGGUUUAGAGAGUAGCCUGAUCCAGUGAUCUAAGGGAACAUCUAACUGAUGGAGCUUGGAUGUUAGUUUUGCGACCUUCGUCCACUUCCCCCCAUUUUUAACAUUGUAUUCACACUGAAUGUUGUGUUAGGUAUGCUGCAUAUAUGAUAUUAAAAAAUAUUAAAAGAAAUCCCUUUAAAAAAUCUAUAGUAUGUAUAGGGGCACUUAAAGAGAAACCCUUAAAUUAUGGUGGAAUACCCACAUAGCACAAAUUCUAGGUUUUGUCUUGGUUCAAAAGUUGCCAAUUGCCUCCAUCCUUAAGGGGUUAAAUGACCAUUUAAACGCACACUCGACACAAACAUUCCGUGACCCCUGAACACACUCAGAGGCUUCUAUCAUACUUUGCCUCUGUAUUCAUAUUCAGAGUGCUGUUAUCCAGAGCCCAACACAGAUCACCUGGUGGGUUCAAUUCACAGAGUCUUACCAUUCAUUAACAGACAUUAAAAUAGCAGCCAAAAUAAUAUGCCAUCAAUUUAAACAAUAAAAUACUCCAGCUAACAUAUAAAAACCAUUUACAAGCUUCCUUGCGAUUGUUUGGUUUUCAAGUGCUAUUCACAGUCAUUAUUAAAUCUAUUUAAACACAUCUCACAUGGUCUAUUAGAACACAGGUAUGUUAUUAAAAAUGAUGAAUGCGCCCUCUAUUCUACCUUAUCAACAGAACUCCUGGUAUUUAAAUUUAGAAUGACUCCCAGCAUGCAUUCCGCUGAUUAAAAAUCUAGUUUGCAGAAGAUAACAAAUUAGGGGUGCUCUUCGUAUAAGACAGAACAUUAACCUAGCGCUCUCGUAAGUUCAGCAAAGAAGAUUAAAUGCACCUGUCAUUUUAUUCCCUCUUUAACGGUUUUAAAAAUGCAAAAAUUACAAGAAAAAAAAUCCCACUUAGCUUUAAUAAAGAUUUUUUUUUCUGCUGCUUUAGCUACGAACCAUUGAAUAUGUCACAUGACAUUUUUGUGUCACAUGCCUACAAAGCAGAAUUAAUAUGUCCGGAAAAAAAAUCAACAAAUGAGCCAAAUUUCUUUAGCUGAAAAUGUUUUUCUGAGAAGAGUUUAGAUAUUCAAAAAUUGUUAAUGUACCCCUCUCUAGCAGCAAUCCUGAUGGCACAUUUGCAAUAUUAAAGGGACUCUAUAGUCACCAGGAUAACUACAGCUUAAUGUAGUUGUUCUGGUGAGUAUAAUAGCUCCCUUCAGGCAUUUUCAUGUAAACACUGCCUUUUCAGACUAGGGACACCUUGCAGUAGUCACUCCUCAGAUGGCCACUGGAGGAGCUUCCUGGGUCAGUGCUGCACAGUAAGCAGACUUGCCGUUCAGCGUCCGCAUGCUCUGCAUGGAGAUGCUGAAUUUUCCUCAUAGAGAUGCAUUCCUAAUUGGCCAAAACGGCAUUUGGCCCGCCCCGUGCCGAUUUUAGCCAAUCCAAUGCUUUCCCUAUGGGAAAGCAUUGGAUUUGUUAAAAAUAGGCCAUUUUGAUUAUGUCACAAAGGGGGCGGAGCCAGCGCCGAGGGACCUGCGUGGCGCUGGAGAUAAGGUGAAUUUUAUACUUUUAUAGGGGAGCUAAGGGGGGCAAGCCACCUAAAUGGUGGGUUUAGCACUAUAGGGUAAAGAAUAAAUGUUUGUGUUCCUGACCCUAUAGUGAUCCUUUAAUAAUUUUUCUCUUCGUUCAGUCCAGCAGCAUUUAUUCUUCAUCAUAUAUUUGUAUUUGCACUCAAUAUUUGCGUUUAUUAGCAGUUUAUUGAAAAGUGACAGAAUAGAAAAAUAACAGUACCAUGUGCAGUAGAACAAAAAAAGCCCAGUGCUGCUUCUAAGUGUGUGCUUGGAGAUAUCCUGGAUAUAAACUGGAGGUAAUCUGAGGUAUAUAAAUCACUGGUAAGACCCCAUAUUGAAUAUGCUGUGCAAUUUUGGGCACCUGUUCUAAAGAAGGAUAUUAUGGCACUAGAAAAAGUGCAGAGGCGGGCUACAAAAUUAAUAAAAGGAAUGGAACAUAUCGGCUAUGAAGAAAGGUUAACAAAUUUAAACCUAUUUAGUUUAGAAAAACGUCGCCUGAGAGGGGAUAUGAUAACAUUAUACAAAUAUAUUCGGGGCCAAUACAAACCAUUGUGUGGAAAUCUAUUCACAAACCGGACUUUACAUAGGACACGAGGCCAUGCGUUUAGACUGGAAGAAAGAAGAUUUCGCCUAAGGCAAAGGAAAGGUUUUUUUACUGUAAGAACAAUCAGGAUGUGGAAUUCUCUGCCUGAAGAAGUUGUUUUAUCAGAGUCCAUACAGGUGUUCAAACGGCUACUAGAUGCAUACUUGCAAAAACAGAAUAUUCAAGGAUAUAAUCUUUCAAUGUAGGGUAAUAACUGCUUGAUCCAAGGAUAAAUCUGACUGCCAUUCUGGGGUCAAGAAGGAAUUUUUUUCCUAGCUUGUUUCAAAAUUGUGCUUCAAACUGGGUUUUUUUGCCUUCUUUUGGAUCAACAGCAAAAAACAAAUGUGAGGAAGGCUGAACUUGAUGGACGCAAGUCUCUUUUCAGCUAUGUAACUAUGUAACUAUAUAGAAGGAACAAAAUUAAGAUUUGUUUGAUUUAAAUUACUCACCUCAUUAAAAUGGCAGACUUAGUUCAGUGUAAUAGUUGUUAUGCAUUUGUUUCACAUUCCACUUUUUGGAAAUGUGGAUGCUGUCAUGUCAGUUAUGUGUCUGUUAGUCCACCCAUUGUACAGCGCUACGGAAUUUGUUGGCGCUAUAUAAAUAAUAAAAUAAUAAUAAAUAAUAGAGAGCUCUCUAUAUUGCGGCAGGAGAUUGUAUUUUUGAAGUCUGAGAUUUGUACAUUAUUCGGUAAACAAACUCAGGCUGGAACUGCUGCAAAGCCACUGCCGCAGAGAUGUACUAGGAAUGGCAGAUGGAUUACUGUAAGAUAUGGUAGACUUGGGGUUGUAGAUAAAAGGCAUAUUGCACAGUCUGUUGCUCUAGAUAAUUCAUUUUCAGCACUUUUGGGGUGUAAUGGUGUUAUGGAGACAGGCUCAGGCACCAAGUGUAGUGGUGUUGUGGAGACUCUCUGGUACCGAGGUGUAGUGCUAUUAUGGAGACAGGCACUGAGUGUAGUGGUGUUGUUGAGACAGGCUCAGGCACAGAGUGUAGUGGUAUUCUAGAGACAGGCUUGGAGACUAUGGUGAGGCCUAAUAGAAAGCAGUUGUUGUUGGGGGAUUUCAUUAUAAGAGGUGUGGAGAUGGACAAUAGUGGUCUUGUGAGAUGUCUUCCUGGAGCUACUGCUUUUUUAAACUACUAUUUGUAAUAUUGUUAAGCGAGCAAAGCAGGAAGGGGAAUUGGAUGUACUUGUCCAUCUAGGGACAAAUGACUUGGCUUGCAAUGAGGUUUCAGAGGUUAAGGAAGUUUUUAGUGUUUUUGCCAAUGAUAUACGGCAGGUUGCUUCCACACUGUCAUUCUCUGAAGUUCUGCCUGUGCAUUACACUCAGAACGACAGGUGGGUGCAUAUUAGGGACUUUAACGUGUGGCUUGGUGAAUGGUGUCGGGAGCAAGGAUUUGGCUUCAUUUCUCAUUGUAGCUCUGUUUGGAAUGGAAAUAAAUUGUACAAAAAAGAUGGUUUGUGGGGCGGAGCCUGACCAGCAAGCAAGCAAGACGUGCUUUGCCUGAGCUCCUGCUGCACGGAACUUAAACACAUGAAAUCUCGGGCUAAGGUGCUAGAGAACCAUCCUAAAAGAAGCUUUACAGUUUGGGGAAACCGGCCCACACCUGCAGAUACCAAACUUGACACCUGGAACACCCGUCACAGCAGGUUGAGGUCUACAGGAGAAGAUGGAGUGGGAAGGGGUCGGCUGACCCAAGCACCAGGACCAGCUGAGAUAUGCGGCUGCCUGCUAUUGUUUAAACAAUACACAGUGGGACUGGAUAGUCUAUAUUUUAUCUAAUAUUUCCUAGCUAGCUUAAAAUCAUCAUAACCUACCUGUGUACCACACACUAUCCACCUGCUAUUAUACUUCAUAGCAUGCUAUCAUACUACAGUUAAACUAGUAUAGUCAAUCUAGUAUUGUUAAACGUCGACUAACUAAAAUUUACUCUGACAAUGUAGCUGUUUAGUUAAGCUAGAUAUAUAUACAGAAAAUUGUGCGAAUACACUGUUGUGGCGUUUGCUGAUAUCCUGUAACCAGAGAAGCACGGAGACAGCCACUAGAGGCUGGAUUAACCCAUUUAUAAACAUAGCAGUUUCUCUGAAACCGCUAUGUUUAUUAAAAAAAAGGGUUAACCCUAGCUGGGCCAGGCACCCAGACCACUUCAUUAAGCUGAAGUGGCCUGGAUGCCUAGAGUGGUCCUUUAAUGUGCUAGGAAGAUCCAUUUUUCUUUGGAUUAUUUUAAAUGUUCUGUGGGAUUUUAGUCUUUCGACCUAGUCGCCUGACAUUGGUUUGUAGUUUCACCCAAGGGAAUAUUAUGUAUUUAAGGAAAUACGUUGAUUACCAUAUACUGUUAUCAUCCCCAGGGAUUUGGCAAAUAUGUACUUUCCUGCUCAGUUUUUACGUAUAAAUAUGCGUGUUUUGUUUUAAUAUUACCAAAUGUAUAUAUUCUAGGAAUAUAUACAGACUGUAGACUGUCGCCGAGUUAAGUCUGUGACAUUUUAAAAGGUCAAAAUUAACAAGUAUCUGUCAUGGAAAAAUGAAAAGUCCAAUUUCUGAUGGUGACAUAGUUUGUAGAGGCCCUGUAAUAUCAUGCCUGUAAGGGUGGCAGAAGUGGGAUAGUUUAUCUUCUGCUAUAAUUGCAUUUCUAAAUAUAAUUUUAUCAGAUCGAGUUCUGUCCUCGAUCAGCUGAUCUUCCAUUGCUAACUGUGGAUCUGCUUAGAUUACGUAUUAAGCAUCAUAAAAGGAAUUUAUUCUAAUUUGAGUCACACUUGUCCCUGUGAUUUGUCACUCUUUCAGUAGAAUGUAUUUAUAUUAAAUGUACUGAAACUGUGUUGGAAUUAUCCAUAAACUUAAUUCUGCUGUGCAAUUUGGUACCAUUAAAAGCACUGUGAAAAAGAGAGAAUGACACAAAUCUAUUUAUUUUCUUGAAGACUUAUUUUGAAAGCUAAACAAUGCAAAACUAUUUAAGCUAAAAAAGUAAAUUAUGUCAAAUAGACAAUUGGCAGGAAAGUGAGUAAAGUUCUAAAACUGGAGCAAUCGCCAUAGUAACCAACAAAAUGCUCUUGCUGAUUCCGUUGUUUCUAUGGUGAUUGCAUCCUUUUUACCAACUUUGCCCUACUUUUCUAUUUGGAGUGCAAGCCAAAAUCAUUAAAUCAGAAUGCUACUUCUCUGAAAGUGGCCGUUCCUCAUUCCUCAGCCCAGGAAAUAUUAUUGGAGUGUUUAUUGGGGUGAGUGGUGCAGGAGAGGUAAGUGGGGAAAAUAAAUACUAGCCUCUGUAGCAAUUCUGUAUUCAUUGAUCUGUUAUGCUUCGGGCAUGAUCACAAAUGCUUCCGAAUAUGUAAACUUCCAUUGUGCUGUACGAAUGCAUGUAGCUGUGCUUAUGGUACUGGGAUGGGGAAGUUAAUUUGCAUGAUAUGGUCUCAUGGUCCAGGACAACCAGAAGUACAAUAUAUAUUAUAAUAUAAAAAUGGUUGUAAGUUUUAAAAAAAAUAGUACAACGCAUAGUUGUAUUCAGUUAGCUGCUGCGUUGUUUAAAGGGAACUUGUAGCCACUUACCGUGGUCUCCACUCCCCGCCAUGAUCUCAUUAGAGAGGUCAACCCAUGCUCCUCCUCUGCUCUCCACUGAUUUGCCCUCUUUGAGGGGACUUCCCUUUAAGCAGGGCAAACUUCCUCAGUGACGCUGACAUGUUGGCUUCAUAGCCAGCUUGCCAAUGCCUGGAAGGAGCGACACGUUCCUGUACUCUCUAUCCAGUGCUAGAACCGCCGGUUAGGGAGUUUUCAUAGCAACCACAGCACAUGCACUCUGGUUGCUAUAGGUCAUGGGUCCUCAAACUCCGGCCCCCCAGUUGUUGCUGAACUACAACUCCCAUGAUUCUCUGGCUAUCUAUGUAAUUUAAAGAAUCAUGAAAGUUGUAGUUCAGCAACAUCUGGGGGGCCGGAGUUUGAGGAUCCAUGCUAUAGGUGGAGAGUAGAAAGCCCUUCUAUUCAGCUCUCCUUCAUUGAUCAAUUCUUGCAGAAUUUAUUGACAGCUUGGAAAAAAAGCUUUUUUUACAUGAGUUUUUCUCCCAAUCUAUACAUUUAUUAGUAAAACUGCUGGCGUAAAGUAUAGAUGGGAUUUAAUGUUCUCAUUAAAGAGCUAAAGUUGUUUUGGGCUCUAAAGGUGUCCUUUAAAAAGAUUCACGUGUAACAGUGUAGCUCGAAGACAUCGAGGAUUAUAUCCAAAGAGAAAAUGAGACAGAAAGUUCCAUAGAUCAGCAGGAACAUUCUAUUGGUUUCUAUGGUGACUGCUUUACUUUUGUAACAAAUUGUUCUAUAUACAUGACCCCAAUAUGAUCAAAUGUGAUUUUAGGUUAAAAAACAGUUUGAAAGGAAAUAAAAUUAUGGAAUCAUUUUUUUGUCAGUCUUUAUUUUUUUGCAGUGCUCGGUUUAAAAAAACAGGCUUGUGAUGCCACAACAGCAGGUAGAAGCGAAGGAAAAUGUACAGACUAAACAAUAUCAUGGCAUUCAAUAUUGGCACAUUUUUUGUCAAACCAUUUUCCAGGCACUGCAGGUCCCCUCUCCCUCCCACCCCCCAUCCCAAGUUGCUGAAGGGGUUAAAACCCGUUCAGUGACUUACCUGUACCCAGCGCCGAUGUCCCUCGGUUCUGAUUCGGGGUCCGCACAUGCUCCUCCCCCGCCGACAUCAUCCGGAGGGGGAGACCGAUUGCGCAUGCGCGGCCGCCGGCAGGGAGAGACCUAAUGGACAAGCGCAGCAAUGCUGUGCACACGCAUUAGACCUCCCCAUAGGAAAGCAUUGAAAAAUGCUUUCAAUGCUUUCCUAUGGGGAUUUCAGAAAAUGUGUGCUAUAAACCCGGAAUUGCCCUCUAGUGGCUGUCUAGUAGACAGCCACUAGAGGAGGAGUUAACCCUGCAAGGUAAAUAUUGCAGGUUAUGAAAACUGCAAUAAUUUCACCUGCAGGGUUAAAGGUAGUGGGAGUUGGCACACAGACCACUUCAAUGGGCAGAAGUGGUCUGGGUGCCUGGAGUGUCCCUUUAAUUUGAUGGCCUAGGGCGACAUGCUUAACUGCACAUUAUUGAACUAUAGGAUGUCAGGUUAGAUACGCGUGUCUACGGAGUUGGACGGUGCUGGGGAUUACCUGAUGAGUGUAUGUCAGAAACGCUAAUUGGUCAGUUAGGAUGAACUAGACACAUAACUUUGUAUAGAUGCAAUGGAACAUUCUUAUAUAGUAUAAGAACAAAACUGACCACUGGUGAGGAUCCCAUGCAGAGUGACAGUGCUAACCAUUAGGUUGUAACAUAUUGCCAGGACUCUCUGUCAUAUAAUGAGACAUCGUCACAGUAAUUAAGGUUUAAGCUAUAAUCCUACAAAAACAGGACUAGGUGACAUAGAAUGCAAACGUUAUAGCAGUUAAGGCCAUGGAGACAUCGAGCAUGUCAUGUUUUAUAACAGACAAUCUUUCUAGGUUAACCACCAACCCCCCAGAGCCAGUCAAAAUAAAACUAUGCAAAAAGACAACAAAAUGAGCGUGUCUGCUAGGUGAGAGCCUAAUAGAGACUAUCAGCUUGGACAGUACAAGUUGGGUCCCAGAAGGCUCUCGGCUAGGAGCGUUGUCUAGCGGGACUGCGGGCUAAAGAAUAAACAGUCAGCCGAUACCCCUGCUGUGUAGGAUGGCACCUUGAGCCGGGAGAGUCCACAGGAGGACGGUGAGUUGUGGGUAUUUGGAGGCCGCCAUCCAGCCCCAGGCCGUUACGAAGGCCAGCACCUGCGGUCCACAAACUCGGGAUCUCGUUGAGGCCGGGUCUUCCCUCUGUCGGGUGCCAUGGAGAGCAUGGAUGUUCUGCUGCUGCCAGUGACGGCCGGGCUUCUGGUGGUGUGGUCGGUGCAGUGGAGGCUUUCUCAGAGUGGCCUUUAGCCUAGGAAGGCAUUUAGGAUGGACAGUGUUAGCUGCUAUGUGGGGUUUGCCUGAUAGAGGCCUCCUCCAACUCAAUUCCUCUACCCCCUUCACCACUCUCUCAGGAGUAGGCUGCUCCUGUCUGCUGCGGUGCUCCAAACGCUCUUAAAACCUCUGGAAACCAGUUGCUCGAUGUAGUGAUCCACCGGGUUAUUGCCCUGGCCGCCAUGGUGUGUUAGCACAGGCUUCUGUCACUGGGACGCAGACACCAUCUUGUGUGGCCUGCUAGUCAUGUCGCUCAGGCUGUAGGGUGUAGCCAGGGCUUGAUUUGCAGUUUGCCAUGGGUUGGUGGGGACCGGGAUAACCUCCAUCGAUCCAAAGUGGAUGGGACGGGACCCAAGCUGAAGUUUGUGGCGUGGUGUUGCCGUGAAAGAGCGGCCGUUGCUCCUGCGGCUUCCCUGCUUGUCAGGCUGCGGACUAGGCCGCACUGCUGCGCUCUGGUUUCUGCUGACGGAACUUCAAGAUUCGGGUACCGUUUUGUGCCGAUUCAAUAUCAGAUCAGCCCCCCCUGAUCAGAUAAGUUGUACUUGGCGUGAUAAGUCACUGUUAGGGCUUAGAUUGUGCCCGUUGCUGCCAGCGCUGUUAGCAAGUGCGUCCGGCCAUCUUGGCUGUCAGGCCCUGCCCCAAAUUAUGGAUUAAUUUAUGCCUGUGACAAAACUACAUACUUUGGUUCCCAAAAUGUAUUUUUCUGCGUUCAGAAGAUAAAUCUGCUAAACACAGACUAUCCCCUGGCUCAUUACGUUCAAAGAAAACCACAGGAGUUAGUGCUCUCCCUUUGUGGCCGCCAUUUAUAUAACAGAACAACACGUACUGGAGGAAACGGUGGCCGUCUUGUUGCACAAAAAGAGGCAGCAAGACUUGGUCGUUGAGUGUCCUGAACUCCAAGUCGGACACUCGACCCUGCGAACACUGGUUAACUUUGCAGAGCGCUGUUCGGUAGGUUUGUUCCCACGAACAAGGCGAACAAACCCUACCUAUAAGCCAGGGGUACUGUUCCUUGUUUUGUUCGGUUUGGAACUCCCGAAAUUGACUGACAGCUACCACAGAAACUAUGGAACUGUUUUGGGCAGGCGCCUCAUGAGCGGUCGGUUCGGCUGUGUUCGUGGGAUCUGAGCGCUAUUUAGAGAACUUGGGCGCUCAGAUCCAGGCUAUCCGGGGAUAUGACAUUUAUGGGGGUUCCUAUAAGUUUUGUGUGUAUUAUUAUGUAUUUUUAAUAUUUAGUAUUUUAUGCAGAGUCGUGGGCUUGUUGUGGGAGUUUUUGUGUGCGUGUAUACUGUACUCCUGAAUUGCAUAAAAGCCGGCCAUCUGACCUGAAUAAAAUUAUUCCUGUUAUACCCUUCAUCUAGUCUAGGCUGAUGUUUGGUUAUGUGACUGAUGAACCGCUGGAUUUACUUUCAUGCUGCACUUUGAUUCUUGGGAACCUACGAAUCAGCACUCCGGACUGCGGGCUAUAAUCACGAAGUCCCUAGGAGUUCCAGAGCAUACGAACGAAUGGGUAUAUGAAAUACCAGCGUUCGUUACAAUGCCAUAUGGGGCAUUCUAACGAAGGUCUUGAAAGGACAGUAAUAUGAUCAUCCCAUGUUAUAAGGAGUAAGGAGAGAAUACAGGUGCAUUUAAUAUAAUUAUACCUCAGAUGAAUGAUAGAGGUGCUGAGAGAGGAUUGCUGUCCUCCCCCUUCUUUGUUUGCAUUUUUUUUGUAUUUUACAUGAGGACUAAUAGAAUUUGUUGAAAAGGUGUUGAAGGUCUGACAAUGGGCACAUUUAAAUAGUUUUCAUCAGAGCAAAGCUCCCUUGGGAGUAUUUGUGUUUAUUAAAAGAGUCUUUCUGCACGUCAUCCUAUGUUUUUCAUGGCUGAGGUCUUUUUCUAAGGGCUUUGCAGUUAAUAGAAAUGGUUAUGCUGUAUCAAUGACUUUGAGAGGGCUGCAAUGCCAUCAAAAUGAUUGCCCCUCGACUUAUUUGCUAAGACGUACAGUAAACAAUGGGAUGCAGGUUAAGUGAUUAACGACUAGUACGGAUAUGUCAUUUUCAUCUCAUAUUUCUGGAUUCUAUUUUAGUAUGAUUAAUGAUAAAUAUAUAUAUAUAAGACGGUAAGCUGUGAGGGAGAGGGGCAGAUUAGCAAGGGGUAAUUGCUGUCUGCUCUACUAUAUUUGAUUUUUGAUAAACAUACUCAAAUUUGGCCACAUGGAGGUGUCUGCGACAGAUCCUUCCGAAUUUGCAGCCUAACCGGAUUAUUUAUGUCCUCUGUCUUUCUGAGUUAUUUAUUAAACUUUGAAUUGGAGCAAAUUAAAAUUUGUAUUGUUAAAAUGAGGUUUAUAUAAAAAAUAAAUAAAAAUUAAAUACAAUUUUCCCAGAUCAGAUUUUAUAGCCUACAUUUUAACAUUCUGAUUUUAACAUUGUACAUUUUGUAGUUUAGUGAAUAAACCUGUGUAUGAUUUAAUUUUGCCAUUAUAGUACAACUACUAUAACAUAUUUAUAGGUUUAGACCAAAUCGGGAGAAUAUGGAAUUUUUUUUUUAAAUCACUUUACAGUUUGUACCAAUGUAAGCGUUUAUUGCAUACAUUGAAUCCGAGCUGUGGCCCUCUGUAAGCCAUCAUUCAGAAACUUUUAGGAUCAGUAAAUCUGUCAUUUUCAAACAAAGCUGGAAUUUCAAUUUCUUCCAAUGCCCUUUUUACAAUGUUGCCCAAUCUUUGUAUUUGGGAAUAGGACAGCCCAGCUUGAGAGGUGAGAAGCAGAGGUCCAGCGUGUGAUUUGGUAGCACUCCAUGUUCUGCUUUAAAAUAUUAUAAUUACUAUCAAAAUACACGUCAAUCAUAGAACACAGGCCCAUCUUCUAAUCAUCUCUCAAAACCAUUCUAAUAGAUUGCCUGUUUAAUCGCUGCUCGGGAUUUAUCUCCCCACGUCAACAGAAAAAAUACUGCCGUGAUGAGAUUUCCAGGACUUUCCUGAAUCAAUGGCACUCUCUGCAGCUUCUUCACGUAUUUUAAAAUUAGCUGCACCUUUUACAUUUUCUUCCUUAUGAUAAUUCAAUAUGCCGUUCCAAGCUCGCUGCUAGCGUUAGUGCUGUUAUAAAAGGUCCAGAAAUAUCAUUCAUUAAACACCACAUUUUUUUGCAUUAAAUCCAAAUCGCUAAGUUUAGGCAAAAAUAGCCGAUCUUGAAAGGUUCUCCAAUUUAUAGUCACAAUUCGGCUAUUUUAACCUGAAUUUUACCAUGUGAAUUUUAUUCACUAAAACUCUGAGUUUUGCAAAAAAUGUCCUGCUGGUAAAUACCGCAAAGAUUCACCCGCACCGGAGUGAACGCCAAUAAAUCUGCUCUUUUCAUCGCCAUUAACACCAUCACCCCAUCUAACACAGCAGGCAUGGCCUAAACAGCAGCACUGUAAACAGCGUUUAACCAUUGCAAUGCUGUACGGAAUGCCAUUGCUCAGAAUAAUAUGGAACAUCAUACAUCCAACACACGUACACUCACAUCGGCAGUGAAUGUCCUGGACACUUGGAAACUGAAAAUAAACGAUUAAUGUGUGCUGUGUAUACAGUUAUCAUAUAUGUAUAUGCAUCAUUGAGAUUGCUUGAUAAAUGGAGGAUUCUAUGAGACUUUGACAUCGCACAAAGUGAGUAUUCAGAGUGAAUUUUGAAAUUAAGGCCAAAGUAGUUGAUUUGGAAACAUAGCUAAUUUAGAGAUCGUUACAAUGUUUCACGUUCGUUUGGCCUUAACUUUAAAUAAUCACUUUGAAUUAAUUUUGAAUUCUCAUUAACCCUAAGUGUCUCUAUUCCAUAUUUAUUUUUUAUGUCAUUUAUUAAAUCUUUAAAAUAAAUGUAAAAGUAAAAACAUGUAUUUUUAGUACCCCCUCCCCAUACCCCCUGGUGUAGUAAAAGGUGUUUAAACUCACCUUUUUCCCCACUCCACCCUGGACCUGCCAAAGCUGGCUUGCCAUCAGUCUGGAUGAUCUCAGCCAAUCCAGUGCUUUCCAUUAGAAAAGCAUUGCGAGGAAAUUGCGCAUGCUCAGCGUAACGCCGCACUGCACCAAUCAGCAUCUCCUCACAGAGAUGCACUAAAGCAAGGCAUAUCUAUGGGAAACGAUUAGGGCCUCCAUGCAGAGCCCAGCAAGCACCUCUAGUGGCCAUCUGAGUGACUGCAACUAGCAGUGUCAGCUAGCAAGAAAUGUAAAUACUGCCUUUUCUCCAAAAAUGCAGUGUUUACAUUAAAUAGCCUGCAGGGACUGACUAUACUCACCAGAACAACUACAUUAAGCUGUAGGAGGAGCAUGCGGCUUCUGCCAUGCUGGAUGAGGUACUGCUUCUUCUGCUUGUUACACGCGGCGGCAGAGCGGAGCCCUUUUUCGUAUAGGGAUGUCUCCGAGUGUAGACUUGGAUCACCCCAACCUGUUCAAAGAAGCAGCGAACCGGGCACCAGCUAGCAGCUCGGAUUGCACCAGGAAGGAGAUUAUCCACCUGUCCCAGUCUCGGGGAGCACAGCACCUCAGAUCAAGUUCUCUGCGGCGUGUCUGCUGAAAUUAGUCAGUAACUACUGAUAAGCUCUAUGUGGGCUACAAACUUUCAGUGGGUCGUUAGAGUCACUGAUGUGCAAAUAUCAGCUGGGUAACCGUGCCUACGCAUGCGAUAGGCAAUAGCUCAUACAGGACGCGUCCGUCCAGCAUGGAAGUCAGGCCCCGCCCAUGAAAUACUUCUAUUAUUUUACAAGACGGUUUUUCAUGUUGUGACAUCUGCAGCGUGAGGACUCGAAUCCACAACACAAAUGCUUCAGUUAGCGUUGUAAAUAACAAUUACUGUUUGUAGACAUGGAAAAUUCAUCAAAUCAGCUAUGUUUUCAGUUUUGCCUAUAAUGUGAAAUUCACUUGUAAAACUUACCAGGAAAGGUUAAAGGAUCUUAACAUGUAUAGCUUGGAGGAAAGACGAGACAGGGGGGAUAUGAUAGAAACAUUUAAAUAUAUAAAGGGAAUCAACACAGUAAAGGAGGAGACUAUAUUUAAAAGAAGAAAAACUACCACAACAAGAGGACAUAGUCUUAAAUUAGAGGGACAAAGGUUUAAAAAUAAUAUCAGGAAGUAUUACUUUACUGAGAGGGUAGUGGAUGCAUGGAAUAGCCUUCCAGCUGAGGUGGUAGAGGUUAACACAGUAAAGGAGUUUAAGCAUGUGUGGGAUAGGCAUAAGGCUAUCCUAACUAUAAGAUAAGGUUAGGGACUAAUGAAAGUAUUUAGAAAAUUGGGCAGAGUAGAUGGGCGGAAUGGUUCUUAUCUGCCGUCACAUUCUAUGUUUCUAGAAUUGAAUUUAUUUAAUUUAUAUAACCUUUAGCGACAUUCAGAUAAAAAAUGAAUGUAGUCCGGAUGGUAUGAAACAUGUUUAGCAAUGUACAGUGAAAAAGAGAGGGCUACGUGAAACAGAACAAAGAAAAUAUUGUCUAAUAAUGAGGUACAGAAGAAUAAGGGUAUUUACAAAAAAAAAACAACCUAAAUUCAAAACAAGGUUAAAACUUAAAAAUAUAGACUGUGAGAGAUGCAAACCUACAAGAUUUGUCAUUUAAUCAGAGUAAUAAUACUGGUUUUCUUACAGGGAGAAUAGCAUAGCAAGGUAUGUAAAUGAGAUAUACAGCUGGAUCUGAAAAUGGAUGUAUGCACACACAGAUAUUAUUGAAGGCUGCCAAAGGAUAGAAGACGACGGGGAUGCACACAUCCUAUUGUUACCUCAGAUAAAUAAAUAAAUGCUAGGCGCCCCCUAGUGCUGAAUGGGUUAAGGGAAGCCCAGCGCACCUGCUGUUAAAGAGGCAGUGCUCACUCCCAGCUCCCUCCUCCCGCACGGUUGACCUAGAAACCAACAUCUAGAUUCUAGGACCCGGUGGUAGCCAAUCACGUGAUAGGAGAAAGGAUUGGAGAUGGAGAGGGUACAGCUGAGACUAUUGGUGGGAGUAAAAAAAAUAAAAGGAUUGGGUGUAAGUCGUAAAGAUGAGUUGGAUGGAUUGAUACAUUUAAAAUAUGAAAUACCAUUAUAAUGAUGAAAAUAAAAUCAUGGGAAAUAUAAAUAUUUUUAAAAAUUAACAUUAGCAUUUAUAUAGUGCCAACAUAUACCGUAGCGCUUUACAGUAAUACAUUGGGGAUAUAAAACAUAUAAUAUAAUCGAAAUGCAACAUAUGUUUAAUAUAUGUACAGUUUGUAUGUAAUUAUAUAAACUGACCAGAUGUGAGAUACUGUUACACAGUGAAUGUGCUAAUUGUUGUUAUUGUUACCACAUUCUGUGACAGCUCCAUCCCUGUUAUUUUAAGAUGCAGAUAGUCGUGGAGAUGAUGUUUUUAUUGAUGCAAUUGUGAAAAUGAUAGGGCUAUGGAUACAGUCUAAAGGAAAAGAGACAGAGUGAGACAGACAGACAAGAAGACAGUAUCUUGGAGAUCAAAGGCAGAAAGAGGCAGGGGCCAAGUAUCUGUAGACAAAAGAGGUGUGUUUGGAAGCAACUGGAAGAGUUAAUGAGAUGAGUGGAAAAAGAGGGAGAGAGGGGGGUUAUUAAAGGACAGAGGGAGGUGGUGAGUUAAUGAUGGAGAGAUGGUGAAGAAGGAAUAGGGAAGAGCAGCAGAGGUAGGGACUGGCCAGUCACAAAGAAUAAAUAGAGAGAGAGGAAAAAAAGAACGUCUAGGAGAAAGCACAGAGAAACAAAGAGCAGGAACAGACCGGAGAAGGAGAGAGAAAGGAAAGGACACAGGAAGAGAGAGAGAGAGAGAGAGGACGCAAGGAGAGAGACAGGGAAGGUAGGGGGAGAAUGAGAGAGGAGAGGGGAGGGAAAAUACAUUAGAGAGCAGAUCAGGUUGAGAGAGUACAGGCAGAGAUUAGAGACAUCAGACGGAGGCAGUAAGACUGACAGGGCUUGGGAGAGAUAGAUGGUGAACAACGAACGAGAGACAGCGGACAGAGUGAGAGGAGGCUGAGCUUCCUACCACCCAGACAAUAAGCUGUCACCAGGCAGGGGGACUGGGUACCACAGGUGCAAGGCUCCCCGCAGAUAGAGGACAGGUCAGGACACGGGAGGAAGGCCCAGCCUAUGUGAAAGCCAGGGAGGGCAGCUAAAGGAUGCGGCUAUCUGAUGAAUAGACGGAGGAAGGGUACAGACAUAGGAGAGGAGCCAGCAAGAGAGAGAGUCGGACACGGGAUGAGAGAAGAGGCAGGUUACCCCGCAUCCGAUUGCUACCAAUACAGGUAAGACAAUUCACACCUGCUCCAUUAACACCUUCAAUGCCGGCUCAUAGCAUUGUUAACCUCUUCCUCACCCGAGCACUGCAGAAAGCCACGCUAUUGGCCCUUUCUUGCCAUAGAGACACCGCUUACCACUCAAUGAGCUUACUCCGGGGACCUGUUUUCCACUGAACCAUUAACUCUUAGAGGGACACACUACAAAACAACCCCUUCGCCUGCCACACGGCACAUUGCUUGCAGGUGACCAUACCAUCCAAUUAUAAAAAAAUAAAAAUACAUACUUCAUUGAUGCACUGGAUACAAUGAGGACUGCAGUCUGUCUUUACAAUGAUUGUAGCCUUUCAGUGUGUACAUUUUAAAAUUCUCUUUAUAAGCAGGCCUUUUGGUCACCUUACAUUGCACCACUAGAUUAUUCCUUACCGAAUAUGCAGAAUAUUAACCCUUUGCUCUAGAUUGUAAGCUUGUUCGAACAGGGUCCUCAUCAAUCUAUUGUUCCUGUCAAAAUUUAUAAUAGUUUGUUUCAUUUAUUGUUAAAUUCCCCGCCUUUGUAAUAUUGCAAGGCGCUGCAGAAUAAGUUGUCGCCAUAUAAAGGCGAAUAAGAAUAAUAAGACUUAUUCUUGUAUGUCCAAACAUCAUUUCUCCUAUUAAUCCCUAUCAGGGAAGGAAAUUCUACAUUAGCCUGCUCUAAAUGCUUGCUUCUAAGUACCAGUAAUGGCCUGCAGGGCAUCACUCCAUUAACCUGUAUCUGCAUUCUUGCAGAGCAUCUCAACAUGGACUUCAAUAUACCUUGCAUUAACCCUUUAUUAACAAUAGGCCCGCUGGACACUGGUCAGUUUGGGUCUGAGUUGAUCUGGGCUCCAUCAACAAAGGGUUAACAGAGACCCUCCUCCCUACCCCCUCCUUAUACACAGUCAAUUAACUCUUUGUUGUAAAGUCUGGGGGAAUGUCACACAAUAAACUGGUUUCACUGUCACACAGCAUCACAUUACCAGCCCACAGGCCAUAGCUUUUCGUAUCCUGGAAAUUCUGCUCCCAGUUAUGUUUGUAGUGGGAUUAACUAUUUCCUUGCCACAGGCGUACACACUUUAUACGAUAGGCAUGGGGUCACACCAGUGGACUGUAGCCUGGUUUGUGAUCACACAAACACACACACACACAGGGCCACUUUGUAAAGGAUAUGAAUGACACCUACAGAGAUAUGCUGUGUAUGUAUGUUUAAGUCCCACACUGCAGCAAAGUGCAUUGUUUGUGUGAUAGAAUAAUGUAAUGUGGUUCUUUGUGUGACCGCCUCUCAUCUUGGGGCCUAUUAAGUAAUUGCAGAAUCUGCUAUGGCAAAACUGUCUGUUUUCAUUGGGCUCAAUCUGCUUCGGUUUGGUUUGGGAAAUCUCACGGAGGUUUUGCUUUGUACACAAUACACCAAACUCCAACCGAAUGGCUCCCUGCUAUUCACAAAUGGAUCGUAUAGCUCCAGUGAAAUUAAUUUGAGAAUAGCUCAAAUUGCAAUCUAAUAUGUGUACACACAGAGAGUAGGGAUACCCAGAAUUCUGACUGCCUUCAAAACCUCCGCCACAACCCUUGUAGCCGAUACUGUGACAAAUGAACUCUUGGGGGGGGGGGGCGGAAUAAAAUGCAUAUCAUUAAUGAAGGACAAGGGGUUAGGGAGCCCCGCUGAUAUCAUGACAGUGCUGGUAUGUCUUCUGCUAUGAAGGGGUUAAUACCUUUAGCAAUUCCAAUGUUCCAUUCCCGAGGGUUACAUUUAAAAACGUUGUCGGCCAUUUUGAAAGAUGACCUGAUGCUGACAUAUACUUUAUUGUCUGAAGGCUUAAAAAAAGGAAGGGAGGAGGGUUAGGUAAAGAAAAAGGUUAGUCUAGUAAACAAAAAUUAACAUGCAGUAAAAAAUAAUGUCAGAUGUAAAAUAUAUCAUUAGUUUCAUGCAUAGGUUACAUAAUAGGCAUUUAACUAAAUAUAUUUUAUUUUAAAUGUUACCAUUUAUUAUUACAAUUAUUUCUUUUUUUUACAUAACGCCAACCUAUUCCGCAGCGCGGGUGUUUAUAACAUGUCAACACACACAGUAAUCACUAGCUGUCUAGCUCCUAUAGGCUAAGGGUAAACUCAGAAGAAUUGUGGAUCUUAGACAAGGGAAAGUAAUCUAGGUGGAAAAAACACCCCCACAGUCGAAUUGGAGAAUGAUUCUAAUUCAGCUAUUUUGACCUAAAAUAUACUGUAUUCUCUCCUCACUUUUGCAAUAUAGUAAAAUAAACCAAUUUUGGCUACAUUAUUGAAAGAUAUGUAUGUCCAUAUUAAGAGAAGGCCUUUCCUUUCUUGCUUAUAAUACUUAAUGCGACAGACUACAAAGAAUGAAACAAAAAUAAAAACUUAAAUUUAAAAAAAAAAAAAUUUAAAUUAAAGAUAUGGAAUUCUCUGCUCAUCCUGGGCCUAAAUAGGUAAAUCAUUUUAUAGAGCAGCAUAAUCUGUACCCGUUUGGUUUUGGCUAAUUUCAAAUGCAUGCUGUUAUUUGAAACAUUUUGUUGCCAACAAUGUGCAACGCUGCUGCAUAGUCAGGCGCCAUAUAAAUAAACAGUCUACGUACAGAGCAGCGAGGCUUUGUAUGCCUAUUGUUUGUAUCUAAUCUAAUCCUUAGAGGUUUAUUCAACAGUCAUUGAAACCUAGCUAGAUUAACCACCAGGUAACGUAUGAACGGUUGCCUAGGGGCCCUUAGUGCCAUGACAAUAGUUGGCCAAGCUCGUCUCCAUUCACCAUCUCUCUGUUGAAGAGUGAAGGGAUGAUACUAUACGGUAACCUUCCAAAGGCCCGAGGGAUCAUAAUCCUCCUCUGAUUGGGAAUCUGCCGUGGUAGGAUCAGUUUGCUAUUCCCUGCUGUACGUCUGUGCAGGUGUGUACAAGCUCGACUGCUGUCUGCCGCUAGGUGUGAGCAGAGGUGUGGCUGCGUGUGGCUGCCUCAGAAUUAGCAUGGGCUGUGGAGGUAUAGAAUAUGUGCCAGACCGUCCGUGUACACCCUGACAUGUCUCUGUAAGUAUGUAAAUGUUUCCUGGCCUUAGCACCGUUAUACCAUUAAGAGCACGUUCAUCACAGUGACAAUCCUUCCCUUAGCCAGCUCACAUCUCUGGCUUACACAAAUCCUAUCACUCUCAGCUUUUUUUGGAAUACCAUUCUAACUGCACAAAACUGGAGUGCCAGGGCUUGCCUAUCACCGUAUGUUCUCUUACUUCAUUGAGUAGGCACUAUUACUAUAUAUAUAUAUAUAUAUAUAUAUAUCAUGUUUACACAUGUGUACUGUGCGUAUGCAUUUUGUACCUAUGUCUAAUGUUUUAUUUAUUCUGUAUAAAAUUAUGAGUGUCUAUGCUGUAUCGUAUGUGUGUAUCACUGCAUUGUACACGUUGUUUAUGUUGUUAGAUAUGUGUGUAUAUAUAUAUAUAGAUAGAGAGAGAGAAUAGAUAGAUAUGCAUUGCUUACAUUCACGACAACUGACUUCCAGAAUUUAGACAAAAAAGUUCAAACUAAAAGCUUUCAAUUUGGCCUAAUUAGAGAUUUGUUUGGGCUAUUUUUACCAAAAUGUUGUGAGUCUAUGCUUCAUGUAUAGAUUUUUUGUUUGGAAAAUACAUUCUUGCUUGCAAUAUGAUUUUGUAUGUGCAUACGCUGUGUAGCUUACUGGACAUACAAUAAUUUGAGGGUUAUUUACUAAACAGUGAAUGGCACCCAAUAGAAAACAGAAUUACAAAAUUGAGUUCAAUAGAGUUGAGUUUGGUUUCAGAUUAAUUUUACUCUUCCGUGAAUGUCACCAUUUUGGUCUGAAUAGUCUGAGAUUUCCUUUUUUCUUUUCACUUUUAACAAACAUUGUUCAUUAGAGACUGAUAUUCCACACCUGUAUAUUUUUCUGUUCUUUCUAUCUUCUAUAAUGUAUCGAUACCGAGUGAAUAUACAGUUUGAUGUCAGUUGUCUCAAACAUACUUUAAGAACAUUUUAAUUUUAAACCGUUUCGCAUCGAAGUACGUAAGUAAGUCUGUGCGAACACCACCAUAUUUGGGACUGUUAGUGGGUAAUCACCUCAUAAUUUUUUUUUUUUACAUUUAAACAAGUAAACCGUUUUAAUAACAUUUUAAAUGUUAAAAAAAUGUGUCAGUUACACUAAACGGGGGUUUAUUCUCUCCUUUGGAAUUUGUGGAGAAUUGCCAGAAGAACUACAAAUUAUAGGGCCAAAUGUGCCCUGUUAAUUCUCUAUAUCUUAAUUUAGCAAAUAACUCCCAGCAGUUUAAUAUGUUAUUAGAUUUUAAUACAGUUUAUGAUAAUUAUAAGAUUUCUCUAUGUAAACACUCGUCCGUGGUCCUGUACAAUGUAUACUAGUAGUAUACACUAGAUAUGCAUUUAUCGGUAUCUAAAAUCUGGCCGUAUUUGAGUACACUGUAAGGAUGCCACUCCAAAUGUCUAUGAACUACAUUUCCCAAGAUGCUCAGCCAGCACUCGAGGAUCCAAGGUGCUCUAUACAGCCAUGUAUUAAUUAUGUGGAUAGAGACAAUAAAAGGCUGUGUGUACUUCCAUUUGCUGCCUUUCCAUGUGUGUUUUGUGUGUAGACAAAGAUUCGCAUUUUGUGCACUGCGAUUUCAUUCUGCCAGUGUGUGUACUUAGAUGACCCUGCUAUUGUGUGCUGUGUAGACAUGGCUGGGUACAGAUACUACACCCAGUAUUUGUGCUGUGAAUACAGAUAUCAUUCUGCAUUUUGUUAAUCUGUACAAAGAAAACAUGUACAUGUCAAUGUCAGCCUCCUCUGAGUGUACAUGUAUUAACCAUUUAGUGCCUGUACUAUUUGCAGAAUGUUACACUGUUAAAUAUGUGUAGACCAUGGAUAGACCAGGUGUUUUGGACUACAUCACCCAGAAUGCUCUCACAUAAUAAUAAUCACAUUUGGAAUGCGGAAGGUUGCUUACCUUUAGUGUAAACACUAUUUAGGGAUGAUCUAAAGCACUGAUGGGCCUGUGGCAAGGCUUCUCUGGUAGCCACCUCUCCUUUAGUAGUGUGCCUGGCCAGCGAUGGGGUAUAUUUAUAAGUGACUCAGCUAAGGGUGGAUUAUUUGUGCCCAGUUUCUAAACCUUAGCAUGUACAGUUCCUCCAGCCCUUCUUCCUGAUAGUGGACCCUGUGCGUACAGGCAUGGCAACGUAAUUCUGUAUUCUUGUUGUGUGCACAGACUAUGAUGUAUUUGUUCUGAGCAUCCUGACAUGAUAUGAUGCUGUCAUGGAUGCACACAGACCUGACAGCCAUGACACUGCAUGUACACACAUAGCAAAUCCAACAUAAAAACCACAGGCCAAGCACAAUAUGGCCGUAUAACGUGCCAUCAACACGCUUUCUGAGAUCUGUGAUUUAUACAGCUUUUCAAAUGCCCGUAUUGGGCUAGGUGUGCAUGGAGUGCGCUAAUUCCCUCGGGUAUAUUGUAUGUGCAGACAUGACAAUCUGUAUCUGCUCUGUGUAGACAGAGAUACAGAGAUAACACAACUCUGUUCCUUUGCUGUGACAACCGACAGCGUAUCCCUGUACGUGUGCUGUGGAUAGUGCCAUUCUGGGCUGCGUGGGGUUAAUGCCUGCUCAGGCGGUAUAUGAAAUAUCUGUUCAGGUGUGAGACCAACAGCAAUUUGUGAACCUGAGACUUUCCUAACAACUACACUGUAGCAGGAAUUUAAUCUACUCCUAUCUGUGGCUCACUUCCCCCCUGCAGGGUGACACUAUGACAAGAGAACGGACUGUACUCUGAUUCUGUGUAUCACAGGGACGAGAGAGACACUAAUUCUAUAUUAACUCUCUGCAAGCUGUCGCACAGUAAUAGGAGGAACGUGCUGGAGCCAGCUGGUUGGGAGCACAUUAACAGUGUGAGCGAAAUCAAUGAGACACUGGCUAUACUCCGAGAUUAGGCAUCGCUGAGAAGUAAUCAGCGCGCAUUAAUUCAGCAGCGCUAGAACUGUCUGUACACCAAAUGAAAAAUAGAGAACUUCUUGUACAUUCUCCCUAAAGCGUGGUCACGUGUAGUCUUCAUAUAUUUGUGAUCAGGCUACCAAGCCGAAUAAUGGUGGGUAAGGGAAAGAAAUUGUAAGUCCAGAGCGGUAUACCAAAAAUCGACAUGGCGUGUGAGUCUGAAACACGGUCAGGCUCGGCAAAUUGAUUAAUUAGGGUAUUAAAAUUAAUGGUUGGUAACACAGACAGCAUCCUCCGGUGUUGUUGGAAAAAUGUAGCCCAUGGAGCAGCGUAGCUAAUGGGAGUGGGCCUUGACAUUGCCAGGAGACAGGCAUCUAAGGGUCAGUGGUUAGGGAUUGGUUUAAGGAAAUGGAGUGGGGUGGAGUUAUAAGAGGAGUAUAAGUAGUGGCCAUUUUAGAUCUAGGGAUCAUUUUAAUCUAACUUGCACUUACCUGUUGUUGUCCCACUCACCCUCCCUUUGCUUUCAGGUGUUUCCCGUUUGGUCACGGCGGCUGGGGAUGGAGAGUAAAGUUGGGGGGAGAAAAGAGUGAGAUGGGGGAAAGUUUGGAGUUCAGGGCUAAUAGGUAGGCCUUUGGACUGGUUUGGCAGGUUCGAGCUCGUAGGUAGCUCCGAACCGGGGUGUGUAAGGGUGUCUCGGUAUGCCCCUACACUUGUGGUGCCCUUUGGUGGCAAUGGAUGGUGCCCUUUGGUGGCAAUGGUCAUGUUUCAAUGUUAAGUUAAAUGUUACAAUGUUUGGGUAUUAUGUUAUGUGGGAGUGGGUCAUUGUCAGGGGGUUAGAAUUGUAAAAUGCAGGAUGGUAAUUGUGCAGGCCAAUGUUGGCCUGCUGUUGGCAAUGACCUUUAUAAUUUAUGUUAAGAAUCAAUAAAGCUGUGAUAUAAAUUUUGCCAAAACUAUGGUGUCAGUGUUUUAUUGGUAAAUGGGUAAUGGUGGGGUUUAUGCAUAUGCCGACAAGGCGACCAUGCGCAUGUCAAGAGACAGAUAUUUAAACCAUGCACACAACAUCCCCAGCCCGCAUGGGUACAAACUAUUUAUCAAUGGAUAGAUGGAUAAAUAGAAUGACAGACAGGUAGCUGAUAGGUAGGUAGGUGAUAGAUAGGUAGGUAGAUAAUAGGUAGGUAGGUAGAUGGUAGAGAAAUGAAGACAGACGUGUAUAUUUAAAGGGAGGGAGGGUUUGUUCAAAAUGUAAAAUAUAUACAGAGAGCGACAGCCAAUGUGAAAUGCCAGAUUUAAUUUUUAAGAAGCCAAGAAAGCAAUGUAUUCAUAGAGAUUUUGAUCGCUGGGCGGAACAGAUGACAGCCAUCUUUUGCUUUUAAUUUAACUCAGUUCGGUAAAGUGCAUUUGCUGCUGUUCAUAAUAAUAUUCAGUAAAAGUCGAUUUUACAAAACAUUACUGCUGAACUAAGUCAAAAUUGAGCAGGAGAGUUCAUUGCUAAAUUCGCUGUCGAUGACUGCAGUAUUUAGCAAGUGGCGUUAAGUGGACUUACGGCCUGCGGACAGAAUCUCGAAAUAGGCGGGGCUUAACCUAUGAUGUCACACUUGAUGAGCUAGGACAUCAGCAUGGAAGUUCCGCCGCUCAUAUUUAGGAUCUUUCAUUAUUGGCAACCAGAAUAAUUGAAAUUAAACAUAAUCAGGUUGUUUUAAUAGACCCUACAAAAUAUGAAGCCUAAAUGUGCUUAGUUACAGUACCAACCUCAGAAUGGCCCUAGAAAUGUCACAAACCGCUAGUCAGUGGUAUAUAAAAAGGCAGAAGAUUUGGCAGUCAAAUAAAAUGGCGUUCUAUGGUAAAUCCGAAAUCUGAGGUCAGUAGAAAGAGUGUAAAAUGUGAUGUGAUUAAAUCAAAUACAGAAGAUUAAUCCAAAUUUCAUAAACAAGCAAUUUGGAAUAUGGAUUUUAACAUAUUUUACCAAAUUAUAUUAUUCUGAGAACCUUUGAAUACCCUAGCAUUAUUAUGUAUGAUGGGUAGACUGGCUGCCUUGCCAGCCAAUCAGGUGAACCCAUGCACAGUGUGCGCAUGCGCAGGCAGAAAUGCUCAGGGUAAUUAUGUACGCACACUAUAUUUGGGGUUUAUUCCCAAACACCAAGUCAUGGUGGAUUGAAAACUGACCUGCACAUAUUUAGACUCUAAUAGCUGUUGUAACUAUAGUCGACUUUUUCUCAAUCAACUAAACUUUUUUGUUAGCUAUAUUUUAUUAAAUAUUAGCUAAAUUUAGAAAUUGUUUUUUUAAUCACCUACAGUCCCAUGUCUAGUGAAUAAACUAAUUUAUAGAGGAUUUUCUCUGGUGUGCCUUGAAGGACAGUAAAAUAAAACAUUUGGAAUGAUGAGAUGCAGGUUUACAAACAGGACUGUCACACCAGAUCCAGGACAAUUAGGUGGUCUGAUAUAUUGCUACUUCGGUCUUUAAAGAAACUCUAACUUGUCAGGUUUUAAUGAUAACCUUAAUUCAGUCAUCUGUAUUCAUAUAGAGAUUAACAAAAGAAAAAUACUUUAGUAUCAAAUGAUUUUAGCAUGCAGUCAGCUCUAAACUGUUAAAGAAUGUGUCAAGUUAGCUCUUCUCUUGGCCCCAGGUCUUGAAUUCUGAUUUGUCCCUGUCCCCUCUCCGCUAGUCUCUUCUUUCUUUCAAAGAUCUCAUUUCACUUUUUUAAUUCAUCUUUUUUCCCCCAUCCUUUCUCCCAAGCCCAGCUCUGACCUUUUCAUUCUGUCUGCAUGUGUCUUUUUGUCCCACCUAAUCCCUUACUGGCAAGUCGUACCCGACAGGGUAAAAGACAGCAGAGUACAAACUGAUUGACUACUAAAUAAAAUAUAAUUGGAAGAGUCUGUGUCUGCAUGUCAAUGUUCUAAAGUAGAAUGUCAGUUGGCCAAUGGGAUUUCAGCCGGUGGAGUUUCUAACUUCCGUUGGGUAUGAACAAUUUAGGCUGAAACCCUUGUAAAGCUCAAUGCCGGUCUUUGACAUUUAAUUUGCCUAAGGUUGGUGUUCCCACUGGUAAUUUUUCACAAUCAAUGUCAUGACUGUACCCAACUGUCCUCUGGAAUCAGAGAUUCCUAGGUGACUCGGCACUUAGGGUUCACAGAUCCAUCAUGUGGUCCUGGACGCAUAUCAAUUCUAAAUGCUGACGGACAGCACGAAAGCGCUGUUAUUGUGUAUGUAUCCUUCAAAUGCAGCAAGAAAAUAAUCCCUGAACUUAUUCGGGCAACUCCAUUGGGCUUUCUGCAUUUAUUAUACAUACUACAGGGCAUCGUCUUUAUAUACAGCACAACGAUGGAAUAUCUGCAUUGACCAGUUAACAGGGGUAAAGGGUCUUCAAGAACCCCCAUUCUUCUUUGUCCAAUCAGCUCCCAUGUUGUCAUCUAGAUAAGGCCCCAGUCUUUACAUUCUUAUAAUCACAUUGUCCCCGUGAGAACAUUUGACAGAUGACGGGAGCACAAGGUAAGGAGCAAUUUAAUGCAUACAUAACUAGGGAAAUGUGCAUACUCAGCAGGACUGGCUCCGAGGAGGUAGAAUGUGGAAGCCAGAGUGACUUCUUCUAGGGGUUGGGUAGAUUUUAGAUUUUAUGCCUUUCUUGCAUUAUUUCAAUACAUUACCUGGAUAUCAUCUAGAUACCCUAUAGCAGUCCACUGUUCUCUAGAUUGUAAGCUACUUCGAGCAAGGUCCUCAUCGAACCUUCGAUCCUGUCGGAAUUUGUAAUAGUUUGUCGCUAAUAUUGUAAAGUGUUGCGGAAUAGGUUGCACUAUACAAAUGCAAGUAAUGGUAGCUAACCAUGCAGAACUGCAGAUGACUACAAACUACAUUUCCCAAGAUUCCUGCUGUCUGCAGUGCCAAAAAGUAGCCACCACUGUCUUAAAGAUUGUAUAGACCAGCUGUAGAACUACAACCCCUCCAAUGCAUUGCACUCUAUGACCUGAACAUUGCUUUGAAGGCCUGGUUUGUAGGUCAGGUUUUGAGAACUUUACACUUGGCCUAAGGACACUGUAACUCUCUGUGCAUUCUGAUAACAUGCAUUAUUUGUAACAAAUAAAAUGUGUGUCGGUUGCAAGGAUUCAAAUAUCAAUCUGUGAGACAAUAAAAUGAGUUAUAUAAACACUACACAAUUAUUCACUAAAUUGUGACCUGCAAAAAUCCAAAAUGGAAACAUUUAUCUAAAAAUAGCCGAGUUGAUCAUUUUUUUUCCAGAUUACUUAUUUUUACCUAAAUUUUGCCGUUUGGAAUUCAGUAAAUAACCCUGUAUGUCUUUAUAUAAACAGGCUGACCGUACCUGUAUGAUGUAGAGCUGUGAAGGUUAACCUCUAGCACGGCAACAAUGUGGAUGUUGUGUCCUAUAAUUCCCCGACAACUUUAGUGGCAGUGGUUAGCCAUCCCUGUUACUGGAAAUGUGUCUUCUAUUGUUAUUAUCUGACUUGUGUCGUGUUACAGUGAAGUACUUUGUGUUUCUCCGCAGUGUGAGUAUGAGUGCGGGGUCUGUGGAGCAGGAGCCGGCUCGGAAGCUGGGCUGUUGUGGAGUGCCAGUGAUCACAGAAGACAUGCAGGCCCUGGCUAUACGCAGCCUGUCUGGGAAUGAAGUGCAGAAACAUUACGAGCUGAUUCGGGAGCUGGGCAAGGGCACGUAUGGCAGGGUGGAGCUGGUAUCCCACAAGAGCACAGGUAACAUUGUCCAGAUUAAUUACGUAUAUUUAUAUAAUUUAUUUAUUUAAUUGGUUAGCAAGGUUAUUUACUAAAAUGAGAAUUCAUAGUGGUUUUCAAAGUGAAUUGCAUAUUUAAAUAUUCUAAUUUUAAAGAACAUAACAUUUCCUCUAUAUUGUGCUAGUAAAUGUAUAGACUGGGAAAAAAACCCUAUUUUAAAAAAAGUAUUUUCUCCCACUUCUCAGUCAAAUCAUUGGCAUAGACUCUAUUCCAACCAUUUGACUGACUCUAUGCCUACUCUGUAUGCACUGCAUAGGGAUUAUAUGAGUUAUAGGAGUAUAAUUCUCUCUGCAGAGUCAUAGCGCCCAUGCACGGCAUGAGCACGUCUAAUGAUGCGCUUGCACUGUGCUACUGAAGGACAUUUCCCUGGGGUUCCUGGAUGCUGACAGGACCCCAAAAUCAUGACACUUGAUGGGCCUAAGAAAUUACAAAAUAAAAGCAGUCUGUGAAUUUUCUACCAGAGAGUUAUUCACUAGACGGAGAACUGUAAGGAAAUCCAAUCACAGGCCUAAAUCUCCAAGCUAGAACUACUGAGCUGAAGUUGAAUUCAAGAUUUGCUAUUUUGGCCUUAAGUUAAAAUGUCCUCGGCCAGUUUGUGACAAUUACCACUUUAGUGAAUAAUCCCUUGGUUCUCAGUCUAGACCUGUGAGUAUUGAUCCUGUAAUUUAACCUGAGAUCAAGAUAUAGCAAAGAUAAUACUUUUCUUUAGGUUUUGGGGCGGUAAAGAACAAAAGAAAGUGAAGUCUUUUAGAAGAAAUGUGAGCUUUCAUUGCCAUAAAAGGUGUGCUUAGAUGAUCAUCUUACUCCUGGAAACCUUAACUUGCCCUUUCAAUAUGGCCUGGAGAUAAAUAUGUUCAAACAACAUCAGAACAUUAGAGUUUGGUAAAAAUUAUUCUCUACUCGAUUCAAAGCAGAUCUGUAGAAACACUAGAACGAAUGCAACACGAAUAGUAGUUUUGGCUUCUCCAUAUUGUUAUCAGAGAAGGAUUAAGAUAACACUGGACCCUAGGCAGAUUACCCUGUCAUUCUACUCAUAGAGAGAAUGGGACCAAUAACAUUUCUGAUUACGAGUCCCCAGUCUAACCCUUGGGCCCUGUGCCCCAGCGCCAUCUCCCCUUAUGGCUACUCCCACUUUAUUAUAUUCACUUACAUUUUCCCCCAUAGUUGUUGAAGGGAAGCCCCAUUUUAUACAACCUCCAGGUCUCUGCCUUCUCUUCCAUCAAUCUUAUACCGGUAGAGAUCUAGCACUCGCCACCAGGUUUUUAGGGUUUAAGAUAUAGAUUGUUAUUAUUUUACCCUAAAACCAGUGAAACAGGAAUAAAUUCAAUGGACUGAAGUCCAGUCUGGGGUUUUACUACUGGAAGACAGUCUGAGAGUUACAGGGAUAUUUUUGUAGUAAAAUGAGCGUUUGUUAUUCUACAGAUUUUUUCUUUUGUGAUACUUUUAUACAUUACUCAGCACAGUACAAACAUUUUGUGUUACGCCCUUACAUUACCACCACCACAAGUCUGGAAUUUCUACUCUGCUUAUAACCCUCCUUUCCUCCUCUAUAGUGUUUUUCCCAAUUCACUUUGAGGGUACACAUUUUGUUAUUGCGCAUACAAGGAACACAAUCAUACAGACUCCAAAGGUACUACAGACAAUUUGGCCCUACCUGUUUUACAAUGCUCCAGACAGGGGUGCUGAGGAAGCAGAUCAAUUCCUUAGCCAGGUUAGGGGUUCCCCUGAGAUGCUGAGGCAAUGAUACCCAGUUCAUUGAGGGGUGGACUAGUUAUUUAAUCAACUUUGUUUAAAGGAGCACUAUAGGGUCAGGAACACAAACAUGUAUUCCUGACCCUAUAGUGUCUAGCCCCCCUGGUCCAAUCUUGCCCCCCUAAAUAUAGCAAAAUCUUAUCUUUAUUCCAGUCUGCUGCUGCUGGCUCUUCCUGUGAUCUGCCUGAUUGGCUGACAUCAUCAGAAGCGUUGUUCUGAGCCAAUCACAAUGCUUUCUCAUAGGAAAACAUGGGAUUGGCUGAGCUUGUCAAGGAGGCAUAUCAGGGGCAGAGCCAGCACAAGCCAAACACAGCUAAUAAAACUGUGGAAUUGUAUGUAUCUUGAGUUGGUUUUAGGCAAGAGAUACAUUCCUCUCUAGGUAAUACUUUACAAAUCUAUUUAAAUAUGUAUUCUGAGGGAGAUAUAUAUACAGGUAUAUUCUGUUUUGUUGACUUAGGUAAUUAAUUCCACUGCAUGUCUGAUUUAAAGACCGGAUGGUUCUAAGAUUCUUUAUCACUCUCCAAAACAGGUAACAAGAUGGCUCUAAAGUUUGUAAACAAGAACAAGACCAAGCUGAAGAGUUUCCUUCGGGAGUUUAGCGUGACCAGUGCUCUGUCCUGCAGCCCUUUCAUCAUCCGGGCCUUCCAUGUUCUUUUCCAGACAGAGGAUUGCUACGUUUUUGCUCAAGAGUAUGCCCCCGCUGGGGACCUCUUCGAUAUCAUACCUCCACAGGUGAUACAUCAGGGGGGACAUGAUGGGCUUUACAGAUUUUGUAAUUAUUAUUUAUAACAAGCCAAAAAAUCCACAGAGCAAUACAAUAAAGAUAGCAAUAGUUACCAACUAGUAUGACAUAGUAACAGGACGUACUACAUAAAUUUAACAAUGCCCAAGUUUAAAUUUUGUAGUUGUGUGCUGGGGGGUCCUCCAUACAGAGUCUUGAUUUGUAUAUGUAUGUGCAGACAUAUAUUAGCACAUGUGGAAGCUGUCAAUGUGUAAUGUAUUUUCUAGAAACAUGGCACUCUGUUUGUCGCCUCUUCCUUGUAAUUUCUUCUUUUUCUAAUUGUCUUUUUUUUUUACCAACUCACCAGGUGGGUCUUCCUGAGGACAUGGUGAAACGUUGCGUCCAACAGCUUGGUUUAGCUCUUGACUUCAUGCACAGUAAAAGUUUGGUUCACAGGGACAUAAAGCCUGAGAAUGUCCUUCUGUUUGACCGUGAGUGCCGACGGGUGAAACUAGCAGACUUUGGCAUGACCCGUAAAGUGGGCUGUAGAGUGAAACGGGUUAGUGGUACCAUCCCAUACACAGCACCUGAGGUGUGUCAGGCUGGACGUUCUGAAGGGUUUCCAGUGGAGACAAGCUUAGAUGUCUGGGCUUUUGGGGUACUCAUCUUCUGCGUCCUCACAGGCAAUUUUCCAUGGGAGUCCGCAUCACCAGGGGAUGCCUUCUUUGAGGAAUUUGUGCACUGGCAGAAGGGACGGCUGCCAGGUUUGCCUUCCCAGUGGCGUCGCUUUUCAGACAAUGCACUACGAAUGUUUCAACGCCUGCUGUCACUGGAGUCGGAAAAAAGGAGCCCAGUCAAGGAAGUGUUCUUCUACAUCAAAUAUGAUCUGUUGUCUGAGGCAAGACGAAGACCUUCCUAUCGCUCACGUAAACAAACAGGAGACAAGUUGCCACCAGUGCCCCAGCGCCAUGAAAACCCAACUCCCCUCAAGAGGACAAUUCUUACAGAAGGAGGCUCCUCACCACGUGCUCCUCAUUCUCUGCCAGAACCUGGCCAACCAUCUACUGGUGCUGGCAGGAUGGAAGGACGACAGGACAAGAGCAAAGCUCAGAUGCUUCUAGCCACUGCCAUUGAAAUCUGUGUGUAGGAUGGUUGUUCAUUUGGAUUUUAUGCCUCAUGUCAUUGACCGUAGUGAAGGUCACCUCCUAUCGAGGACUUUAAACAGGUUUGACCACAAAGGAAAUGAGUGCUGUAGAGCCUACAAGCAAAAAAAAAUAAAAAAAAUUACAAAAAUGGAGGUCAGUCUGAUGCAGACAUAGGCUUAACGAAAGAAGUAACUGAUAUUCAACAUUAUCUUUUGGGAGGGGUUGGGGAAUUGCGAAGCACUUUGAUCCAACCUUGGUAUGUGAAAUAUUAGAUUUAGUGACUUUAUUCACUUUUGUUCCCAUCUGUGUUGGGAUUGAAAGACUAAGCACGGUGCAGCUGUGCAAUAGACUGUAGAAUGGACUUUGCUGGUGAAAUGUCAGAUGCCCACAGACUGAAGCACCACGCAGGUACAGAAUUGGGCAGUAUUAGUGUAAAACAUCUUCGUCCACCUACAACAAAACACAAAGUACACUAAUACUAUGAAAUAAACAGCACAGAUAGGGCUAGGGCAAUCAAACCAACUCAACAUUGCGUUGCCUGGCAAAUGUCCAAAGCUCCUUACCAAUCUCAAUACAGGCAAACCCUCUCCUACAUUAAUGCACAGGACAAUGAAGGCAGUAUCGCGAUAUAACCACUCAACCAAGAUGAAAAUAAAAAGGGCUUGCAAAACUACACAAAAAUUCUGCCUGUCACAGGGUUACGUUGUAAUGAUCUGAAUUACAAAAUCUCGUAAAAUAGACUGAGGCCCAUCACAAUCCAAUACAUAUCACAAUUUAGCCUUUUUUUUUUUUUACAUGAAUGUUAUAUAUUUUGUAAGAAGAGAGCAGAUAUAAUUUACUGCAGCUCGUUCCCUUUGAAAACAACUCCCCACCCCUCCAAAGCUCACCCAAACCUAGGGAGAUAAUUGUGAACUUUGGCACUGCAGUUUUUUUUAUAAACUACGUUUCCCAUGAUGCUCAAAAGGAAAUUUAGUUUACAUACUUUUCCAGUGCCAUCGUCAGCUACCACUACCCAAAGGACAGCGUAUUAACAUCCAACCAACUGGUGCUUCUUUUAUAAUUAUGUUUUAUUUUUACAUUCUUCUGUAUCUUUUUUUUCUCUGAUACGACACGGCUCACACCGUACAGCUGAUUUGUGAUUGGCUAACCCACCACUUUCUUGUUAAGGUAUAGCUCUGAUUGGCUUAGAGACAAUCUGGAAUGUUCCGCUUAAUGGCUCAGGCAGUUGCCAUGGGAACCUGCAACCUCCGGAGCUGCUUACUCUGUUACACUUAUAUCACAAUCCAUAGAGGCACUCAUUUUCUAUUAAUAAUAAAUGGACAUAUUCCAAAUACUAUGUGUUAAGAGAAAACCAAAUUCUCCCCUUCACCUUUUAAAUCAUUCACCCACCUGGCACUUAAAGGGUCAAUUUUAAAAAACAUUCAUGGAUUUAUAUCACUGAAAGAAUAUAUACUGUGCUAACUAAUGUGAGCACACUAUAUAAAUUUUUUGUUUUUAACUUCAAAUUAGUCAAAUCCUGUAAUAGAUAUGCUAUCUGCACCCUCUUAUCAUAAUGGUUACUGUCCAGCUAGUGUGGAAGAAUAUGCACACCUCACCUCCACUCGGUCCCGCACCCACGUUACAUUUUAAUCAGAUUAAUUUUGCAAUAGAAUAUGUGGGGAGCUGGAUUAUUGAAUAUUAACUUGAAAGUCAUUACGUGAUUUAAGAAGCCAACAGUGAAGAUUUUGAGUGAUUUUUGAAAGAUUUAACUCACAUCACAAAAAUUCCUUCUGACAGUCUUUACCCUAUCUUAAUAAUCAGCUAUGCAGAGCUCAUGUAGCUAAGCUAAGGGUUGUUUUAAUGUUGCAAGCAAUUUAUGUUUCGAACUUUGAGUUUUCAUUCUUCACUUUUGGGACUUAUCAUUGCUUCACAUGACUAAAACCAGUGCAUUUAUCUUGCCGUUGUAUUCUAGGCACACAUCUUUGCCCAGGGAAGUCCCUGGGCUCUCGAAAAUCAGGGUAAGUGAUCAAAUGUAGCAUUUAAAAAAAAACAAAAAAAACUACAAAAAUAGAGCCUUGGAUGGGUUCUUCAUAGGCCAUUCAAUGCCCGAGUUGGGAAAAGUGUCUCUCGAUAUACUAGUUUUAGGAAUAGACAGAAGGGAGGCUCCUACCAAGUUUGUUGGCAUUUCACCUAUUUCAGAGAGGUGAUGCCAAUCAAAUGAUAAAAAAAUACAGUCAUAUACUUCAUAUGCAAGCAUUACACACUUCUAAUUUUCUGUUGUCGGCUUAAAAUAGUCACCUUGUAUAAAGGGCUAUAGCAUAACCAGUAAAAUAAAAAGUGCCCUCUUUUCGUGAGUAUAGGAUUGGUGUACAUCAGAUUCAAAAUGGCAGCCCUUUGGUUACGCUUUCUCACAUCAAGAUGGAGCUUGCUGAGCCAGGGGGAUAGAAAACAAAAAAAGCAAAGAAAAAUAAUUUAUUCAUGCCUACAAAAACCUUUUGAAAAAUUGUGGUUUUUUUUGUUGUUUUUUUUUAACUAAGCAGUCAGAGCACAAUCUCCCUUACAAUCUUCCCUGGUUGUAAGGUCUAGAUCUAGGGGUUGAAUAAAGGUCUACACAUAUUUUAUUUUACGUUUAGUACGAGGCCCCUGUACAUCCAUUAAUGGUACUUUAGUAGCGAUCUCCCCCCCUUUGCCUUAGAUGUCUUUAAUGUUCACAAUAUUAGUGCAAUAAUGUAGAUAAGGUGAUAAUUGUUAAAAACAUUUUUAAGUGUAGGAUAUUUCUGAUUCCAAGUUAGGGCUAGUUUAGAAAUGUUACCUCAGUUUAGCUGAAUUAUCGAAGUAUAUAUAAAAAUAUGUAUAGCGAUAUAGAAAAAAAAACAAGCUCUUAAAUGUGUAUUCUUGUUUAAAUGUGAAAAUAUUUUGUUCCAUAAUCCUUUGUUCCACUCUGAAGGCAGACUGGCAGCAACAUUGUUUGACCGUACACACCUCAAUAUAACUAUAUGUAUUUAUUUUAUUUUUUUAAUCAUUUUUGAAUCUGCCUCAUAACCAUGGCUCAAGUUACAUUUUUUUCCCUCAAGGAUUUGGUAACAGUCUGCCUGAUUUCUAUUUACCUUUACCCCUAAUAUGGACUUAAUAAAAAAAGGUCAAAUAAUUGACUAAACCGGCCUACAGUGAAAAUGUCACACACAGUAUCCGAUGGGUCAGCUAAAGUGAAUUGCUUUUCCUGGUCCUUAUAAAGCAGGCACAGUGUAGGUUGAACACUGGACCAAUGGGUGAAAACUCACCUAUUAGCCUGACCAUCCCACAGGGAGCCCAGACUCACAGUUGAACUUAGGACCUUCUAUAUAGGAGACUAACCAGAGGCAGGAACAAAGGGGACAUUACUUAAAGACCAUUUCACUGACAAAUAUAAAUAAAUAAAUUUAUAUUUAGUACAUAUACCCCCAAUGAAAACAUGCAUACAUUUAAUUAUGCAUUGUUUAGUUGAGUGUAUAUCUAAAAUCAGAUUGCAUAAACUGAAGAUAAGUUCUUGUCUGCAGCCUUUACAAGCCCUUCCCUUCUAGCCUCACUCAGACUUUCUGUGACUGUCCAAUCACAGACUUCCCAAUGCAGCUCAAUGAGAGAUUUUUGCAAGGCAGGUGCUCUGGGCAAUUGCUGCCUCUCGAAUUUAACUCCACUGAGCUAACAAAAUGUAAGAAGUAACAUGGCCAGUUCCAGAUUGACCGAUUUAGGGGGUGUAACAAGGUUAGUUUAUAAUUGUGCCAAAUUCUAUUGAAAUCUUCACUUUUUAAAAAAAGUUAAAAAAGCAGACACACUCUUCACACAGCCAUUCUGAAAUUAUCAAAGGGUUCUGUCACUCAACAGUAAACUGUAACCAAGCUUUGAAAUUAAGGUCAGUAAAAUAAGCUGAAAAAAAUUCACAAGCUCCUCUGUAGUUACAGCCCUGCAGCUUUAGUCUGAAUUUGUAUUACUCCGCAAUCACAGAUAAAUAAUAUUACAAUUCAGUAAAUAUAUGACCUAUUGUACGCUACCUAAAGACCCCACCCUCAAAAAAAGAAAUGAACAUAGUCUUGUAUAAAAAUUAGGAUUAAAAUUUGAAGCAGAUAUAUCUCCUUCAUAUCUAGAAUAUUAGUACCAAGAAUACUCAAUAUAGAUGCAUUAUACAUAACAUACUUAAAUAGUUCCCUAGAGACUUUAUUCGGUUCCAUAUAACAAAAUGUCAGCUAACCAUUAUUAAUGCCCGCAGCAUUUUUUUUAUUUUGCAUUUAAUAUCAAUAUAUUCAAAUCACCCACAUGUGAUUUGAAAAUGUCCUAGAGGCUUAAUACAAACUGCAGCUGCUUUGCAGACCUGACUGCGAUUGAACUCAAAGAAUGAUGGUCAGAAUUUAUAAUACAGGUUUGUUAACAUAUUAUUCAUUACUAAAAUUAAUAAACAUCUUUAAUUCAUGCAUUCUGGGGAAGAUAUAGAAUUGAGUUGGCAGAUCACUCUUUGAUUUAAACACCUACUUUAGCGCUAGAUUAGUCCCCCAGCUGCUUUGACGUGUGUAUUUGAUGUAUCCUUAAAUUAUCUGCAGAUCAGAUCUUUAGCAUCUAGAACUUUUCAGGUUAUAUAUACUAAACAGUGCUUUAUCAAAGUGUUGUGUUCUAGAAGCGGUGCAAAAGUAUAAAAGGGGUGGAAUCACCAAUGGAAUGUGCCUGCUGGUUCUAGUGGUUUCCGUAGUGAUUGCCCUACUUUUUACAACAGAACAUUUUGACAAAUCUUCCACAUUGAGUCGAUUCAUGUUAAAAUAAAAAUUGAUAUGGAAGUAGGGGAUUAUCAAAACUGACACACACUUUUUUUGUAUUCCUAAUGCCUGGCGGGGCUGCAAUCAGAACUCUUGGGGUAAAUAAUAAAACUAUUAGCCCCCCAACACACAAUCACAUACAUAUACAAAGACAACCAAAGACAAACACAGAAAUGCAUUAAAUGCACACUUACAGCCCGUAUACACACAAGCACAGAAAUAUAGAUAUAUACUCAUAGACACAAUCACAUGUGCCCAGAUACAAACUUCCAGACACACACAAAGAUACUGCCAAACACAAACAUAGUCACAGAUAAACCACCACAGACACUGUUACAUACUGCCAGUCACACACAGAUACACACUGCCAGACAAGCACACCACAGAUAUACACUGCCAAACACAAACAGAUACACAUUGCCAGACACACAUACAGAUACACACUGCCAGACAUACACACCACAGAUUCACACUGCCAAAAACACAAACAAACAGAUACACACAGACAGACAGACACACACACACACACACACACACAGAUAUGCACUGCCAGACAAGCACACCACAGAUAUACACUGCCAAACACAAACAGAUACACAUUGCCAGACACACAUACAGAUACACACUGCCAGACAUACACACCACAGAUUCACACUGCCAAAAACACAAACAAACAGAUACACACAGACAGACAGACACACACACACACACACACACACAGAUAUGCACUGCCAGACAAGCACACCACAGAUAUACACUGCCAAACACAAACAGAUACACAUUGCCAGACACACAUACAGAUACACACUGCCAGACAUACACACCACAGAUACACACUGCCAAACACAAACAAACAGAUACACACUGCCAGACAUACACACCACAGAUUCACACUGCCAAAAACACAAACAAACAGAUACACACUGUCCGACAGACAUAUACACACACAUACACGCAGAUACACACUGCCAGACACACACUUAUCCAGAUAUAUUGAAAUACAUAUAUUGAUUUUUGGCCUCUUUCCUCUUUGCCUUUCCAAGAUGGGGAGUGAACUGCGCUAUGUGAGGGCUGUCUAUUCACACCUGCAAGGCUUUCUUGAAAUUAAGACAUGUUUUCAUGUUCAUAUAUUAAUGCUCUGCUCUGUCGCAGUCCAGCUACACAGUUCAGUUAUGUGGGAGAUAUUUCUGUCUUCUGUCUUGGAUACAAUAUUAUAAAAAGUCACUUCUGUACAAAUACUAAAUUUGAAAAUUUCCAACAAGAGAGUCCUAUUGUAUGGUCUUGCUCAUACAAAGGUUGUGGAACAAAAUAAAACAUUGUAUUUUUUUUUUAUAUAGUUGUGUGAUAUGUCAUUGUACUGAAUGUGUCUUAAUGUGUUCCUGCACUGCAAAUAUAGGGAAGAGAAUUAGAAAAAUAAAAGUGAUUGGAAAUGUAUUCAUUGUAAUAUAAUCUUCUCUCCAUCCUCUGAAAAAUUAGAUGGGACGUAAACUGAUGGUGCAGAGGAAAUUUUAUACAACGUGUGUGUGUUUUGAUUCUUGGGUUUUUAUUUUCUCCUUGUAGACUAAAAUUAAAAUAAAAUAAAAAUUAAAUAAAAUAACUGAUAAUGUGCGUCAUGUUUCUGUAGGGUGGAAAUUUGAGAAUGACCAGGAGGAGAUACGAGUGAGAUGAAUGAUCUCUUUAUAGAACAUAACUAGGAAAGAGAGGCAUAAGCAAUAGUGAGAUGGAACAAGGUCAUUGUCAUUUAUAAAGCAUUGCGCCUUAAAAAUGAAUUGUCCUGCACACGUCUAGCUGAAGCACAUUCAGAACCAAGUGGUAAACAGAUUUGCAGUGUGAUACAAUGCAGGAUUUUAUUCAAUAAAUCGCGAAUCUAAUUGACAGGGAAUUGCAAAUUUAAGGACAAAAUAGUUGAACUAAAAAAAUAGCUGUAGUUGCAGAAUAUUUGAUAAAUUUUACCUAAAUUGUACAAUUUCCUCAAUAGUUCUCAUUUAGUGAAGAAACAAAGCCCCUUUGUCUGUUUGAUCCCCGUGUCUUUUUAUACUACUUGAUAUUCUGUGCUUGUUGGUAUAAGGUUAUGUACUUAUAGAUAACAAUGCAAGAAUAGGUACGCUUUCUAAAGCCAACGUUGUUCGCUUUGGCACUGUGCUAAAAUAAUAUAGUCAUACUAAACACAAUUUUUGGGUCCGCUUAUGAAUUCUGUACUGUCUGACAUUACUAGAAAGUGCUGCCCAGCAGUAUGUGUAAUUAAAAGAGAUAUCCACUUUUAAAGUUCUUUCUUUUUGUGAUAAUCCCCAUUCUUUACUUUGCCACUCGAGCUUUGUCGACUUCAAUGAAAAGCUCGGCCAAUUAGGGGUCACUCAUUACAAUAGCUGUUUUUGGGUUUUUUUGCACUCCACCUUAUUGUAGCCUCUCAUUCUGGUGUGAUUAUUCUGGAACCCAAUACUGCAAGAGUUAAAGUGUAGGGUAGAGGCUGGCUAUCUCUACAUUCGUUCGUAGCUUUUGUCUGCUCUACCCAGCAACAGCAAGAAAGGACUAUUUUAGAAUUAAAGGAAGCAAGUUUGUCAUGCAGAAUGAUGCAAAAUGUUUAAAUUUUUUAUAAAAAUGUGCAUGCAACAGAAUAUAGGUAAUUAGUUACACCAACAUUUUUAUAAUACACGGAAGUUGACUGUUGGUUGGUGCAUGGAGUGUCCCUUUAAAUAAUGACUCAAAUUCCAUUGGGAUUUCAGCUAUGAUGAGGUCAUUGAUUUUACGUAGGGAGAAUAUGAAUUUCGCAUUUGCCAGGCAGUACUGUCAAAUCGUGUCCUACAGAACGAAAAUUCAUACGUUUAAAAAAAUGGCAAAGUGUCAACUGUAUUUCAUUAAAGAUUU